AUGUUUUCAAUUUUUCUUCAACAGAACGUUUGCAAGGAAGCAGACUCAAAACGCGAAGACAUGAAGUGGCUAGUUCAAACUUUAGACUCCCUUACCUCUCACUGCCCCGAAACUCAAGCACUGCAAGAACAAAAACUCCUAGAAGCGCUCAUUAUUCGUUACAAAAACUUAAUACCAUCUUUAGAAAUAACUAUGGUCAAAACGGAUACCUUAUCCAAAUGUUACACUUACAGAAGAGAAGUGAGAGAAGUGUGCCAACUGCUGAAACAAGUCCGAGAACAAUCUAAGCUUCAAAGACAACCAGAGUCACUGGAAAUAGUAACACAGAAUAUUCGUAAACAAGAAAUGGCCAUAUCUCACCUAGACCAACAAAGACCCAAUGUCAUGUCUUUGUUGCAAAGAGGCAAAGAGCUAAGCAGGGACGAAAAUGCUCCCAGCUUCAUGCCCGAAGAGGUAAAAUCUCUCGAAAGUGGUUGGACUACCACCUACGACGAAACCGUAGACACUCUUCACAAACUUAUCGACACCCAUCACGUAUGGACCAAUUUCUCCGAACAGAAGCAAGAAAUCAUCAGCGUCCUGCAAAAAGCAGAGCAAGACUUGCAGAAAACAUCUCAAGCAGAGUACACUUCGACCGUUCUACCGACCGAACUCAUCAAGAAACAAGAAAUGAUUAUAAAUUUGAGAGACGCUCAACAAGAUAUGCUUAACAAGUUGAACUAUUUCAGCGAGAACUUGAGCAAACAAGUGCCUGAACAAAAGGCGAAAUUAGACACCGAAGUGAAAGAAAUCGAGCAACGUAUUACGGACACGUUGUCUAACGUUCAAGAAAACGUUACCCUUUUGGAACAGUACAAUACGAAGUGGAAUACAUUGAGCAGCACAUUAGGACAGCUGCAUAGCUGGACGGUACACGAAGCACCCCAGCUUCUUACUUCCAUAGAUGUCUAUUCGAUAACGCCGAAGGAUAGAGUAGAAAAGACCGAGUUGUUAAAAUCCGAAGUUUCCAAUAAAAUGAAAGUUUUACACGAACUAAACCAACAAGCCACUAAUUUAUUAGUAACCAACAGUCCCGAUGCCCAAAAACUGAAAGGACAGAUAGCCGAAAUACAAGAAAAAGUAGCUCUGUUGAACCAAAAUAUCGAAAGCCAAUCAGCUAUUGUAUCCGACGACUACAAAAAUUGGGAAAUGUAUCAAGCUAAUCUGCAAGAAAUAACCCCGUGGAUCGAAAAUUCGGAAAUUAAGUUACAAUCUGGUUUGCAAAAACCUUCUACUUUAGAAGAAGCGAUUCAGAUUCAAUCGCAAGCCAAGCAAUUCCAAAAAGAAGUCGAUCAACAACAAGACAAACUUCAAGGAGUUGCGAGCCUAACUCAAAAGAUAUCUAUUCAAACGCACGCACCAGAUGAAGUUGACUCGAUACAAACGAGAGUGUCGGUCAUUCAAGAUACGGCCGCUCAAUGGGGCCAAAAACUGGACAAAUUAGUGGCCAAUUGGCUAGAUUUCGACAAAAAUGUUCAGCAUUUAGAAAAUUGGAUCGUCAAAAGCGAAGAAUCUCUCUCUGCUAAACCGGUCAAUUUGAAAACGCCAAACGUAGACAAACUAGAAAAGGAACUAGCUAAAUUAAAAGCAUUUAAUAACGAAAUUUCUGAACAACAAGCUAAAUUAAUAUCUUUAACGCAAAGCUCCGAUAGCAUCAGCUAUAACAUUAGCCCUGAAGGGGCAGCUGAAGUUAAGAAUCAAGUACAAGAAUUAAAAUCUAAAGUCUCUAAGCUAGCCGACAGUACAAGAGCUAGAAUUAACGAAAUAUCUGAUGCUAUAUUGGUCAAACACGAUUUCGAAACUAAGAUCGCCGAUUAUAACAAUUGGUUAGAGGCUAUGAAAGCGAAUAUUAGUCAGUUGGAUGAGAUACCUUCAGAUAAAGUAGAUUCUACUAUUAUUAAUAUCCACACAUUACUUCAAGAACAUUCUGAUAAGCAGCCUUUGUUCAACACCAUCUACAGCGAAAUUAAAGAAAUAGCCGUACAAUCUCCGCAGAAAGCUAUGGAGCCCUUGACAGAAGAGUACUCUACUCUAGUGAAGCAGAAUCAAGAGAUAGAACACAAACUACAAGAAAAGAGAACCCAAUUACAGAAAUGGAGCGAGCUGUUAAACUGGCAUACAGAAACCAUGAACCAAUUGUCGCACAUCAAAUACCAAAGCGACGCCGAAAAACUCAACCCCGAAGAACUUAAGAAACUCAUAACCGAAACUGACAACGUACUGGAAAAGGUCAUCACUUGGAAAGAGAAUACUCAAACUAUUAGCAAGAGCGAUAUCGUUAUUUUGGAUAAACAAACUGGCUUACCUAGAACACCAGAAAACGUUGUUAGAGAAAUAGAAGUCACCGCCAUCAACCUAAAGGAACAACUAGCAAACAAAGUCGAUAAUCUUCAAAAUUUGAUGCAGCAACGCAAUCAUUUCGCACAGUUGCAACAAGAAGCUACAGCAGAUAUAAACAAAACGAAGGCGCAAUUGGUGGAAAUUAACAAUCAAGUGAAACAUUCGAGCGAUUUACCCAAAGCCGUAGAACAGUUGAAUAAUCUGUUGGAAGCCCAAGUGGCUAAAUCAGCUAUCAAAGAUAAACUCCACAGCGAAGCCAUGCAGCUAAUGAAGAAAGACAUACAGAAUGUUUCGACCAUACAGAAUUCGUUAUCAGAAAUCGAACGCGGUUUUAACAAAGUAAACGACGAUAUCAGAGACGAACACUUGAAGCUGUCCGAUGUAAUUUACGCUUGGAACGAUUUCCAGGAAGCUAAAGACAGAAUCGUCACCGAUAUUGGAAAAAUAGAUAAAAGUAUUGAAAAUUUGGAACUACCCAAUGACCUAUUCCAAGCGACUGUAAAUUGCGAAAAAGCCAAGAAAGCUUUGGAGGCCAUUAAGAAAUCCAGAUCGGCUUUAGACAAAGCUGACUCCAAGGCGCAAACGGUAAUUAAGAAGGCUGAAAAUAUACCGGGCGUUGAAUCGGAAGUAAAGCGCGAUUUGAAAAUAUUGAACGAUGCAUGGUCGAAGAUUUAUGAGCGAAUUUUGAAGACUGUGCAAAAAACGGAAUCGCAAGCGGCCAUUUGGAAGCACAUUGAUGACACAAAAACGACAUUGCUACAAUGGUUGAGCGAGCAAAACAACGAGAUUAUUAAAGCGGCUGAAAAACCGAACGAAAAAGAGGUAGCAAAUGCUAAAUUGAGCAAGUAUAGAGAAGAAUUGCCCGCGCAGCAAAGGUUGUGUCAAAGCAUUCCUCAAAAGAUCGUGCAACUACAAGAAUCUAGUGACGGCAAGGAAAUUCCUACUCUGCAAUCGUUAGUCACAUUAUUGAGCGAAGGAUUUUCGACAUUGGAAGAAAAUGCCAAGCAGCUAGAAGCUCUCACUUCGACGUUCAAUGAGAACGAAAAAAUUAUUAGAAAGAAUAUUAAAGACACCGGUAACAAAGUAUCUGCUUUAAGAGAAGAGAUAGUAAAAUGUGAGGAUCUAUCCGGUGAUAAUAUGAAGAUACUAGAAAGAUUGAUAAAAAUUAAAAGUCUUAAGCAAGAGUUACAAAAUUACGAUAUCAAUAUUAAAAAGAUAGAAGAAGACAUUCAAACGAUGAAAGUUAACUACCCCAACUUCGAAAACACGCUAACUAAAGAACAACAACUGUUGAAGAAACGAUUUGAUACGACAAUCACUCAUGCCGAUAAAAUUGAAAAUUCGUUAUUAUCCUUCUUGAAGAAGUUCCACAAUGAAAAAUACGGUGCAUUGCAGAGAAUCAUUAAUGCACACAAAGAGAAAAUCCAAUGGUGUUUACCGGAAUCAACGAGCGAUAAAUAUAAUUUGCAAGUGAAGCUUAACGCUUUGGAACCAAUUCAAGCUGUACUAAUAGACUGUGACAAACGGAAGCAAGAAUUAAAAGAUUCUAUCGCUGUUCUAGAACAAAUAGAAAAACCCGAAUCCGUAAAAUUACAAAAAGCCGAGUUAGACCACUUGUUGUUCGAUUUAGAAAAUUUGAAUCAACAAUACACCGAUACCAAAAACAUUCUUGAAAAUAAUAUAUCUCUACACGAUAAGUACGAACAACUCUCGGAAAGCGUAGCAAACUGGCUGAAAGAUACUGAAAAUAGAGUAAAAGCGGAAAGCAGUUUGCAAAUGGACAUGAACAAAAUAGACAAUAAACUCAAAGAAAUAACAGCCCUACACCAAGAAGUUAAAGAUUACCAACAAGAAAUAGACAAGUUGAUACCACUUAGUGAAGAACUAACUAAACAAAUGCCCGAAAGUAGAAUUGGGCCGUUCGUGCAACAUUUAAACAGCAGAUAUCAAGGUCUGAACAAAUUCUUAGCUCACUACAUCGAAAAACUCAACGAGCUUAACAAAUACAAAUCAGCUUACAAGACUUGCAUUCAAGACGUCGAAAACUGGCUGGUAAAAGCCCAAGAAAAAGUGAACACUUUCUCUAAGAGCGCCAAAAAACCGAAUAGAACCAUUUUAGAGGAACUAAAGAACUUUGCACAAGAAAAGGAAGUUGGACAAACUUUGUUAGCCAGAGCAGUUGAACACGGAGAGGCUCUAUUCCCUGGCAUUACUCCCGAGAAUAGAGACACAAUUAGAGCAGAACUAAGAAACCUAAGAGACAAAUCAGAAGUAUUAAUCGAUAAAGUUAACACUAUCUACAAACAGGUAGAGGCUAACUUAAUGCAAAGACAUUCAUUCGAUGACAGUCUUCAACAGGUUAAACUUUGGAUUGAUGAUGCUGAAUUGAAACUGGGCGAUGAAGUAAAACUAGAUGCCACUUUGUUAGACAAAAAGCAAACUUUACAUAACUACAAGAUCCUAUCUCAGGACGUUAAUCUCCACAAAACUAUAUUAAAGCAAUUACAAGAGAAAAUAGGUAAUCUAUCAGAUGCUGACGCUGAAAAUAAGCUAGAAGAAAAUCUUCAAAAAUAUAAUAAACUUGCUAACGACGUUGAAAAAAGGAUAGAAGUAGCAGAAGAAUUCGUUUCUAAUCAUGAGGUUUAUAACCAAGCAAUAGAAAAAUGCAGAGAUUGGCUAAGUGCUCUGACCACUGAAGCUGCACUCAUUGUAGACGAAACAUCCACAGAAAGUCCAGAGACUAAACUAGCAAUAGUCGAAAACCUUUUAUCGCAGAAAGAAGAAGGCGAUAAAAUCAUCAAUUCUUGCAAACAACAACUAGAAACUGUUUUGAAACAAACAGCUGCAGCUGGACAUCCUCCACUGAUUAACAACUUUGAAGAACAAGAAAAAUCGUGGCAGAGAUUCUUGGAAUUGUGUCAGGAAGCACAGGAAAAGCUAAACGAAAUUCAGAAUCAAUAUAGUGAAGUUUCUAACAUAAUGGACGAUCUAGAAAGCUGGCUUAAGUCUAGAGAAAAUUUUGUUAAAGAUCAAAGUUUGAAGAACACUGAAAAUACCAAAAAAGCUCAUCUAGAGAAAUUGGAGGUAUUAGAGAAGGAAGUACAACAGAAAGAACCCGACUUUAAUAGAUUUUUGGAAUUGAGUAAAUCCUUAGCUGUAGAUGGAAGAAUUUCACAAAUACCCACUAGGUACCAAUCACUAAGGAACGCUGUUAAGGAAAACCGAGGAAAAUACGAAAACUUCGUUAAGGAACAUCACGAUUUUAAUAUUCAAUAUAAUGAAUUUUUACAGUGGCUAACAACUAAGGAAGAAGAUUUACAAAACUUUUCACAGAUAGUUGGGGAUCUUACUGUAUUACAAUCUCGACAAAAAGACAUCAAGGAUUUAAUAGACGAAAGGAACCAGAGGAUAUCAGAGUUUGAAAACCUAGUAGAUAAAGGCGAAAAAUUAUACGCUCAUACGUCUCCAGAUGGUAGAGAAAUCAUUAGACAACAACUGAAAAACCUGAGAACUAUCUGGGAUACUCUUACUGAAGACUUACAAGGCGCUAGCAAUAAAUUAGAGCAAUGUUUAACCCAAUUUUCAGAUUUUACCGCAACUCAAGAACAAUUAACAAAAUGGUUGAAAGAUGUCGAAAAAGCAAUGCAUCAACAUACAGAAUUAAAAUCUACCCUUCAAGAAAAACGUGCUCAAUUACAAAACCAUAAAAUAAUGCAUCAAGAAAUCACGUCUCAUCAGCAGCUCGUGGCUCAAGUUUGUGACAAAGCUCAACAGUUGGUGGAUCAAACUCAAGACAAGUCGUUAAACAUCUAUUUGCAAUCUAUUAAGCAGCUGUUCUUAAAUAUCGUCAGUAAAUCAGAGGAACUUUUGAAGAAUUUGGAAGAAUGCGUAGACAGACAUACCAGUUAUAAUCAACUAAUCACCGACUUUAAAAAAUGGAUUGGCGAUCAAAAUGAGAGGCUACUAGAAUUCGUUGAUACAACCGGCGAAAAAAGCGAAAUAAACAAGAGAAUAGAGAAUAUUCAUGGCAUAAAGAGAGAUAGUGAAACUAAAGGACCUCAAUUACUAGAAAAUCUUAAACAAAAUGUCAUAGCAGUCGCCAAAAGUACUGCACCUAAAGGCGUUGAAACUUUAAAGAGAGAACUCGCAACGUUAGAAGAGCUUCUUCAAAAUCAUUUAGAAUUGAUCAAUAACACUCUAGAUAAUCAAAACGAAGCGUUGAAGCAAUGGGAUGAAUUCGAAUCAGCCUUGGAAGCGCUAAACCAAUGGUCUAAAGCUGUGGAAGCUGAUUUUAGAGAUCAACCACUUCAAGUAUCUUUGGCGGACAAAGAAAAUAAACUGAAGCAAUUACAAAAACAAAGGGAGGAAAUUUCUGCUAAGGAAAAAGAAAUAGAUGACUUUGUAGAUAAGAGUCAUGCUUUAUUAAAAACCAGUGGCUCGCAGAAAAUUAAACAGAUUACUUCUCAAAUUAGUAAUAAAUUCCAAAAUUUGCAUAGUUUGACCAAAGAUAUCGUGAACAGAUGGCAAAACAUUGUCGAUGACCACAAGAAAUACAAGCAGAGGUUGGAAGAAACUUCUGCCUGGUUGGUACCGCUCGAAGAACACUUAAAGGCGCUACAGGAAGGGCAUUUAGGAGACAGUGCUGAGGCUAAUAACAGAUUGCAAGUUUUGUUAACUGAAGCCGAACAGGGCGAGCAUAAGCUCAAUUCAUUGUCGCUUCUGGGUGAGAGAUUGUUGCCUGAUACCGCAACCGACGGUAGAGAUAUCAUCAGGAGCGAAAUCAAGGCCAUUAGAGAUAGAUGGGAGAAUCUAGCAGAGAGAGUAAAGCAGCAACAGAAACUUCAAGAAACCCAAUCUCUUCAACUUGCAAACUAUCAGGAUUUGCUGCAACAAGCGUUGGCUUGGUUGGAUACUAUUGAAAAGCAAGUAAAGAUUGAACCAAGUUCAUGGACGUCGAUACAAGAAGUUAGAGGAAAGUUGCUUAAACACAAAACUACCAGUCAGGAGAUUUUGGCGCACAAGAGAUUUAUUGAAGGAGUUAUAGAAAAAGCUCAAGCCUUGGCCCAAUUGACCACGAGCAAAGACAAAAAAGCAGAAAUCGAAGACAGCGUAUCAUCUAUCAACAAUCGUUACCAGAACGUACAAAAACUUGCUCAAAGCAAUAUAAAACAAUUGGAAAACUGCUUAGAGGUCUACCAACAAUUCUACGAUCUACACAAGGCCCAACAAGACGAACAAAAACAACUGUGGGAAAAGUUGAACAGCAAUUUGGAUUAUGGAGGCAGCAAACAAACAUUGGAAAAGAGACUAAACUAUAUAACAGAUCUCCAAGAAAGUCUACCCGAGAACAUGGUGAAAUUAAACGAGCUACAAACGUAUAUUGAACACAAGACAGCUGAUCUACCGGCUAGAGCGCAAGAAAACAUGCAAAGGGACGUUGAUAAUUUGAAGUUCGAUAGAGAAAAGUUCGUUACGACUUUAGCUGAUAUAAAAUCGGCAUUGGAGAACAAGCUCAAGCAAUGGGAUGAUUAUGAAGUUACUAUGGACAAACUGUUAUCGUGGCUAGCUGAUGCUGAAGUUGCUCUUAAGAGUUAUGCUUUGAAGUCGACUUUAGAAGAAAAACAAGACCAAUUUGACAAAUAUCAGGAAUUAUCUAGAGUGAUCGAAUCAAGAAAAAUGGAUAUGAAGGAGUUUGUAACGGAUACAGAUAAUUUGGAGCAAGCUCUGGCUUUAACUUUGAGGCAAAAUGAACCCGAAUUCGAUAGACUAUCUGACAGUUCCGCGGAGUUGGUACAAAGCAGUAGCGACACUAGGAUUGCCAAUAAUGUUCAACAGAUGCUAUCCAGAUUCCAAUCGGUUCAAGUGACAGCUCGAGAAAUACUCAAGAAGUGUGAGCAAGCAAUGGCGGAACAUAAACAGUUUGCCGACAAGUAUCGGCAAUGCGCGGAUUGGAUUACAGUUACAAGGAAUAGAUUUGACGAGUGUGAAAAGAAUAUUCAACGCGCCUCGCGCCAGUCCCUUGAAGAUCAAGCAAAAAUAAUUGAAGAACUAUUCUCUCAACAACCAAAUGCAACUUCUCUUCUUAACAGCACCAUCGAAACUGGUGAAAAGCUUUACCCGUCAACGUCGCUCGAAGGCAAAGAAAUCAUAAACAAGCAGCUGCAAGAAUUAAGAGAUGCCAUGGAUACGCUUUUCGACGAAAUAGCUAAAAGUGACAGAAACUUAAAAUCGAAACACGUAAAGUGGCUAGGAUUUGAAGAAAGCUUAGCUAAAGUUUCCAAUUGGCUUAGAGAAACAGAAAAACAACUGCCACAAAAUAUUGAGUUAAAAUCAACGUUGGAAGAGAAAAAAGCCCAGUUGCAGGUCUACCGAAAUUAUCUACACGAAGUGUCCACUCACCAACAGGAUAUCGUCGACUUGCGCGAUAAAACUGACAGCUUACCAGAAAGAAACGAACAUAUUGAUAAUCAAUUUACCAGCGUUUCAGACCAAUACGAUAAAUUACAAAAGAGAGCACAAAACUUUGUCGAACAAUACGAAAUCAUUGUUAGCAAUCACCAACAAUAUGCUAAAGCCGUCCAAGACGGUCAAGAUUGGAUCGACUCUACUAAUUCUAAUAUUGCCCAUCUCAGUGACCUCGACUUAGACAGAACUAGUUUGCAAUCGAAUCUAGAAAGACUAAAAGGACUUAAAGCCUCAAUUCGUGACGAGGAAUCCAGGAUACUAGCCAUAAAAUCUCUAGGAGACAAAGUUAUCCCUGGUACCAUUGACUACGGUCAAGUCAAUAUAAGAUCUCAGAUAGAAACGUCACAACAAGAAUGGGCUGCAUUGGUUUCAGCUUUAGAUUCUGCAAUUCAACAACUCGAAACCAAACUACAACUCUGGACAGAAUACGAAUCACUAAAAGACAAGUGUUUGCUUUGGAUAAGAGACACAGACAACAAGUUACACUCGGUAGAUCUUAAACCUACCGCCCAAGAUAAGAAAACUCAGCUAGAUGAUCUCAAGAAAUUGCAAGGAGAAAUAAGAGCCAAAGAAUUAGAGAUUGAUCAGGUUACCGAAAGAGCUCAGCAACUAAAUAAGGGUCUAAUGGGCAGACCCUCACAAAUAUCAGAACUGGGCGUUAAAUACCAACAAAUCUGUCAGAAAAUUAAAGAUUUAACUACGAGAUGGCAACAACACGUUGCAAACCAUCAAGAUUUUGAUUCGCAAGUCGAACAAUUCUCAGAAUGGAUGGACGAUAUCAAAGAAAAGUUAUCUUAUUGCUCAGAUAUUACAGGUAUUCCUCAAAAAGAACUUGAAACCAAGCUGGAAACAGUCCAGGAACUAGUCUUGCGUAAAGAAGAAGGCUCGUCUAAGCUCCAAGCUUUGGUCGAAUUAGCACAAAAUGUAUUAGCCAACACCGCACAACAAGGUCAUACAGAAAUAAACGAAACACUUGCCAGGCUUCAGGAAGACUGGUCUAACUUAGCAUCUUCCCUAGUUGAAACUAAGAGCAUUCUGGAUGACGCUCUAACCAAAUGGGCUGAAUUAUUGGAAGAAAUAAAAUCUUUAGUAAAAACAAUUGAGUUACUAGAAAGCCAAUAUGAGGAUCUAUCUGAAUUUCAAGCUACGUUAACAGAAAAGAAGACCGUCUUAGCGAGAAUCAAAACACUCGAAGAGAAGACUAGAGCAGAAAAAAUAGACGUUGAUAAUUUCAAAGCUCAAAUUGUUGAAGUUUUGCAAAAGAAGAAAGGAGGAGAAGCUACAACCGAAGCUUUGAAAACGCUGAAUAAAUUUGAUGCUAUAACUGAAAAAAUAUUUAAAUUAUCAUUGGAAAGAGAUGCUCAAUACAAGGACCACAAAGUCUACAAAGAAGCCCAUGACGAAGUCCAACGAUGGAUGACAAGAGCUCAAGAAAAAGUACCACAGCUGCAAAGACCUUUAGGAGAAAAGCUUACUGUGGAAUCUCUUGCUGCACCUCUAGACCAUCUAUUGAACAAGAAAGCCCAAGGAGAAGUUCUAUUGGAGAACUUAGAUCACACAGCCCAAGUUGUUCUUCCUAACACUAAUGACAAGGGACAGGAAUUAAUAAACAACGACAUCAGGGCUCUAAAGGAAGCAUUCGAAAGACUAUUUAAAGAUCUUAAACAACAAAGAGAACAAUUGGAUAACGUUUUAUCCAACUGGCGGGACUACAAAGAUGAAUACGAAAAAGUCUCAGACUGGUUGCAACAAAUUGCCAUCCUCAUCAAGAAUCAAAAAAUCGCUCUAAUGUCUACGUUACCUGAAAAAGAAAAACAAGUCAAAGAAGUACAAGAGAUACUAAAGAAUUUAGUAGAAGGAAAGGACCAAGUAGAUAGAUUAAACAAAUCUGCCAGCGUUCUGUUAAAAUCACCUCUAGAAUCGCACGUUAACCACCAACUACAACAAUUAAACUCGAGAUAUCAAGUCGAACUUAGUCUGGCCAAUGACGUCCUAAAGAAAGUUGAAACCAAUUAUGAACAACACAAAGAAUAUGCUGACAAUCUUGAUAAGACCAGAGCUUGGAUCGACAACGCCCGCGAGCUUAUUAGAGAGUGCUCGGAAGCCGUUUCGCAUAGCAGCAAAGAAACCUUGCAGUCUCACCUCAACCAAAUCCAAGAGUUAUUACAAAAACGCGAAGAAGGCCAGAACUUAGUUCAUUCCACGGUCAACUGCGGCGAAAAAGUGUUAAGAAAUACCAGAUCGGACGGCAGAGAAGCUAUCAAUAACGAACUGAAAGAAAUACAGUCGGAUUGGGAAAGAAUCGUAAAGAAACUAUCGACUACCAAAGUUAACUUGGAAACCGCUUUACUGCAAUGGGCUGACUACGACAGCUCUUACAACCAGCUCCAACAAUGGAUAACCGAUCGCGAAGCUAAGCUUCAACAAGUUACCGAGCCGAAGAUCACUAAAACUGAAAAGAGAGGUCUUAGCAGUCUACCGAUUGGUGACAGAAAAGCAACUCUUCGCGAAACCGGUAGUAUCUUACAAGAUAUCGUUUCGUUCGAACCUAUGAUCCAAUCAGUCGCUUCUAAAGCUGAAGAUCUUAAACAAGCAGCUCCAGCUUCUGAAAUUUCUACAAAAUACGAAACUUUAUCUAGGACAGCUCAAGAAUUGUACGACAAACAAAAGGAAGUGGUAGAAAAACACGAAGCCUUCGUAGAAGCUGCGAAUGAUUUACAUCAAUGGAUCAGGAAUGCUAGGGAACGUCUCGGUAAAUGUUCUGAGCCUACAGGCGAUAAGGAAAGCUUGGGAAGCAAGUUAUCUCAGCUUAAAGCCCUCAAAAAUGAAGUUCCUGAAGGUCAAAAGAAACUCGAAAUAGCUAUAGAUCUAGCGGACAAAGCGAUACCUUUUGCAGCUGAAAUGGAUAAGGAAAUUAUGGAGGAAGAAGUGGGAUUACUUCAAGAAGAUUUUGAUAAUUAUGUAGAAGAACUAAAUCACACCAAAAGCUUACUAGAAGUGGGUAUAGUAAAAUGGACCGAAUACGAAGAACAGUAUCAAGAUGCUUUAGAAUGGUUAUCUCAAACCGAAAAAUUAGUCCAAUCCUAUAACAAACUACAAGACAGUUUAGAAGAAAAACGAGCUGUCUUGGAACACUUCCAGCUCCAGUUACAGAAUUUAUUCGAUUGGCAAAGUGAAUUAGACAAACUUAACAUGAAAGCACAAGUCUUGCUAGAAACUUGCGCCGAUACUAGAGUCAGCAAUGCCAUUACUCAAAUAUCUACAAAAUAUAACGCUAUUUUAUCUUUAGCCAAAGAGGUUAUGCGAAGAUUGGAGUUGCACUAUCAAGAACAUCAACAACACAAUGCAUUGUAUCAAGAGAUGCAAGAUUGGAUGGACAGAACCAGAGACAAACUCAACGGAUGUUUGGAGAUACCCAAUACAUUGUCUGAAGUAAAUAACAAGUUACAAGUAGUUAAAAAUAUAAGAGCUUCGUUAGAACAAGGACAAAAUAAGUUGAGGUACCUCCAAGAAUUAAAAGAGCGAGUAAUCAUGAAUACCGAGCAAUCUGGAACAGCUAAAAUCAAAGAAGAUACCGAAAACCUCAGAAUCGAUAUGGAAAAAUUGUUGAACGACACACAAGACGCUAGGUCGAAAUUGCAAGCAAGAGCUAAUCAAUUAGAAGAUGUAGAUAAGAUAUAUAAGCAGUUACUGGAUUGGUUGGAAGAACAAGAGAACCAAAUACAAUUUGACGAUGGAUACUUGAACGAACUUGGUGAAAAAAGAGCUAAGCUCGAAAAACUGAAAGCCGUACAAAAAGAAAUCGAAGCCCAUAGUGAUUUGGUUGACAAGCUCAAGAGUAAGCUAGAGGAGGAUUCGACACUUACCUGUAAAGAUUACGAAAAUGUUAUCCAACGCUACAAACAGUUUAAACAAAAUUUGGAAUCUCUCGUUUCCAAUCUACAAACAGAAGUUGAAGAUCACGAAAAAUACAAAGUGUCAUAUAAUGCUGCUUGCAAUAAGAUCAGAAGAGCACAAAUUGAAUUACAAUCGUGCUCGGAUUUGCACGAAGAAUUAGAUAAAAUAAUCGAAAAGGAAGCUAAGAUUAUCGAAAUUUCCGAUUCUCUAAAGGAAUGCGAUGAUCUGAUUCACAAGACCAUCGAGCUUAGUAUCCUAGUAAUGAAAACUACCGGAAACGAAGGAAAAGACACUAUAAGAAACGAAAUAGAACAACUUAACGCCGAUUGGGAAGGUCUACAAUUCAUUUGCGAAGAUACUAAGAAGUCUUUGAAGAAUUGCAAAGAUGCUUGGGAAGAUUAUAAGACUUGUUACGAUGACAUGAACGAAUCUAUAGAUAAAUACCAAAAGUGCUUAGAUGAGAAUAUUGGUACUGAAUUUAAUUCAGAAGCUCUAGAUACAUGUCGAGCUCUAUUGGACGAAAUAGUCGCUUUGAAACCGGGAAUGGAGAAUCUUACAGACGUCUGCGAGACUCUAAUAGAAUACUGCGCCAUCAGUUGGGUCAGAGAUAAAACAGUUCAAUUACAAACAAAGUACAUUAACCUCCUUACGAACAUCCAAAGCCUAGUCUCGAAAAUAGAAAAGAACUUAACCGAUCACACCGAGUUUAUCAACACCAAAGCUGAGUUAGAACAAUGGUUGCAAAACGCGCACACCGCUGUACAAGAUUGUGUUGGUGCUAGCGAUGAAGGUGCCAUCAAAGAGAAGCUCGGAGUUAUCUCUAACGUCUCAGCUACCAUGGGAGAAGGACAAGCUCUAUUAAAUAAAUUACAAGAAGCAUUUGGUAAAGCGAUCAACGUAGCACCUAGCGAUAAACAGAAGGAACUGAGGGACGAUAUGACUGCAUUGAGAAACAGCUGGGAUCAAAUCAAUAUGGACAUCAAAUCGAUCCAAGCGCAGCUCAAAGCUAGUCUGGCUAGGUGGGAAGAGUUCAACAAAAACAAGCAAAAGUUUGAAACGUGGCUCAGCGCUACCGAAAAGAAACUGCAAGAGAAGACUUUAACUAAAGGUGAAGUUAGCGAGAUAAAAACGUUAUUGGAACGUUUCAAGAACUUGCAAACGGAAAUUCAAAAUAAAGAAAGCGAUUUGGACAGAUUACGGAACGAAUCUCAAGAAUUAAGUUCUUGGGUGCAACAACCGUCCGUUUCCGAACCGGUUAAAGAACUCGAAAUUAGAUACUCCAAACUGGUAGAUGCGUGCAAUGCCAUUAAAGAAUCUUUCGAAAAAGAAUUGGAAGAUUUCAACGUCUAUCAUCAGAAGCUUCAAGAUACCGAAAAGUGGCUGUUGCAAGUGUCGUUCCAACUUAUGGCGCACAAUUCGUUGUAUAUUAGUAACAGAGAGCAAACCGAGGAACAGUUGGCUCAACACGUGAGUCUUUUAGGUGAGAUUCAAAAAUUCCAAACAACCCUCGAUGACGUUAGAGCCAAAGGACAAGCUCAAAUUUCCAAAUACGAAAAGGAAGCUCCCGCAGUUAGAGACACUAUAGAGAAACAGCUCAACAAUGUUCAAGAGAGUUAUAACUCUCUACUACAAACGGCUCUCCAGAUUAAGAAUCGUUUAGCGGAUUCUCUGGCUAAAUUUAAGGAAUACGAAGAUACUCUGGAUAGCAUUAUGCAGAAUUUGGAUGAGAUUGAACCGAUAGUGGCUGAGGAAAUUGAGAAACCCACCGAAAAUUUGGCGGAAGCCAAGGCGCUGUUGGAAACUGCUAAAACGCUCCACAACAAGUUGCAGAGCGAAAAAUCUCGACUGGCGAUGGCAGUACAAGCUUGCGAAGCGGCCACUGCCUCUAUCAGUCGUCCCAGCAGUCCUAGGGAUACUCUUCCUCCUCCAGUUCCCAUUAAAGAGCUCGAAUGCCGAGCUAGACUUGAAGAUGUCAUCGAUCAGAUACAAGCUCAGCUCAGCGACCUAACCACUGCGGUCGCAGAGUUUGAAGAUCAAGAAAAACAAAGAACAGAACUUAAAAACUGGAUAAUAGCCCAAAGAUCGGUCGUAAACGAUUGGAAAAAUCGACCUGUUAAGUUGAGAUCCGAUGCCGCUAAACAAGAAAUCAAUAACAUGAACGAUCUUUUGAAUGCUAUUGAUCAGCGCAGAAAUCUUCUGAUAUCAGAAUUAGCUUCAUCAGGAAAUGAAAACGAUGAAUUAGAAAAGAUGUUGGAUGAUUUAGAAAAAGAUCUGAUUGGUGUUAUUGCUCAGAAGCAAGCUAAUAUGGAAGUAAUUGAUGAUUACAGACAAAAUGUACAAGUAAUGAACAACUGGUUUGACAAUCUAGGCAAAAGAAUAGAAGCCAUAGACAAAGGCUCGGGUCUUAAUUGCGAACAGAAACAAUCAUCAAUUCUUGAAAUUAAAGCCGAAUUUGACGACCAGGGUCCAAAGAGAUUGGAUGAAAAUAAACGUUUAGCGUCUCAAGUAACAGAAUUCGUCAAUAAUCUAGACUCCCAACAAAUCGAAGAACAAUCUAAAUCCAUUGAAAGAAGAUACAAUGAUUUAUCGAAGAGACUCCAAAGAAAGUUACAAGUGUUAGAAAUGACCAAAAAAGGAAUAGAAGAUACAAGAAACGAAAUAAGCGCAACUAGAGACUGGAUAAAGGAAAAAACCGUAGGACUGAGAAAACCAGAACCGCUAGGUUUCGAAAGCAGAAAAGCUGAUGAUAAAAUAAACGCCUUAAAAGACUUACUAAAAGAGGCAGGUACCAAAUUAGUCCUUAAAGAAACCCUUCUUAAAAGGAUAAGCAACAUGACUAACGAACUAGAACCCAACGAAGCAUCUCAAAUAGAAAAGAGCCUCAAGGAGCUCGAAAAUGAACAAGAACAACUAGUAGAACUUGUUAAAUCAGAAAUAGAUAGAGUAACAGCAGCUGCCAAUACCAGAAGAAACUUGGAACAAAACCUAGAAAAAGCCAAGGCUUGGUUAAAAGCGAAGAACGCAGAAAUCAGAAAACUAUCUGGUUAUCUACCUCUUCAAGCCAAUCAAGUAGAAAGUGAGAUUACGCAACACACAGCGCACGAAGCGGACAUCAAGCAGUUCAAAGACGGUGAUUUGAACGAUUUACUUAAACUUGGUAACAGCGUUUUGAAAGAUUGCGAUGAAAAGGACUGUGAACGUUUGCAACGUCUAUUGGACGAGGUUAAAGAAGAAUAUGAAAAUCUAGAACAAGAAUCUCUACAAAAAAUAACAGCGCUUCAAGAUCUACUGAAAGGAAGAAAACAAUUUGAGAACCAGAUCGAGGAAUGCGUUAAUUGGCUAAAAGAAGCCGAGGUAGCUACUUCUUCAGAGAUUAGAGGUAGCAACGUUGAUGUUCUAGAGGAGCAGCUAAUAAAGUAUGAGAAAUUGAAUGACGAUGCUAAACAAGUUAGAGGAUCAAUCGACAAAAUCACUGAACAAGGCAAAGCAAUCUUACCAACUAUAACCGAAACCGAUAAAAUCACUUUGAAUGACACCAUUAAUGGCUUAAAAGAUCGCCAUAGGCGAGUAGCUGAUAUUAUAGAGGAUCGAAUGACCGGUCUCAAGCAAAAUAUCCAACAACUCAGAGAUGCACAACAGAGAAUUGAAGAAGCCAAACAGUUUAUUCAAGACAUUAAGGCACAACUUCAAGAACUUAACAAACCUCUUGGACCUAAAGUCGAAGACGUCCAACACGUCUUGUCCACUUACGAAAGAAUACUAAGAGACAUUAAAGACAAUAAGGCUAAGUUAAAUAACGUACCAGGAGCCAAUAUGGCUGAGUUACAGUCUCUAGUUAAUCAACAAGAUGAUUUAAUUAAGUCUAUCGAAGACCAAAUUGCUAGACUCCGCCAGCUGCUGCUUCUGAGAGAGCAAUAUAUGGCUCUUAUUACUGAAAUUAUGACCUUCAUCACCAAAUAUACUGAAAUAGUACGAGAUAUAGAAAAAACCGGUGGUACAAUUCCAGAAAAGAUAAAAAAAUACGACGACGUUAUUGUAAAAAUUCAGGAAUACGAAGCUCUAUUAGCCUCAGCUUCAGAUAAAGGUCAGCAAAUAGCAGCCGAUGGUUCAGUCCAAGACAAAAAUUAUAUUACGGAACAAAUUCAGUCUCUUAAACAGUCAUUGCAAAAUCUACGAAGAACGGCUGAGAAACAGAGACAAGAGCAUGAAAACACGGCAGCGGAACAUCUUAAGAUCGCAGCUGAAUUGGAAGAAGUUUUGGACUGGCUUCACGAUAAUGAAAGUGCUGUAAGAUCGAGACCUCUACUUGGUAGAGAUGUGGGUACCGUAGAAAGAGAAUUGAAAAACCACGACGAAUUAGCCCAAAAAGUGAACAGCCAUUUGGAUCAAAUUAGAAAGAUUCAAGAUGCAACAAAACAUGACGACAGUCUGCCAAGUUCGAUCCAAGAGCAGCUACAAGAAGCUAAUUCGCUUCUGGUUUCUUUGCCUAGAGAAUUGGACGAAAGAAGAAAGUAUUUGGAAACAAACAAAAUUCUUAGAGAGGAAUAUGCUGUUCAUAAACAGAAGUUGUACGAUUGGGUCAAAGAAGCUGAAAUCCGAUUGGCUACUUAUAAAGAUGGAGUCGAUUUUGAGAAUAUUCUACAAGAAUUGGAAGAGCAUAAAAUUUUCUUCAGUACCGAAGCCAAUAUUAAAGAAUUGGUCAACCAAACCAUCCAACAAUCUGCCGAUAAAAUCUUCCCAAGUUUGACCUCGUACGAGCAAGAAGAAUUAAGUCGCGAACAACAACAACACACUCAAACGUUGAAGAAUACUUUGAAUUCGGCUAAAUCUCAGCAGGCGCAGUUAGAGCAGGACGCUGAAAUGUGGAAGGAUUUCUGCAACGCUUUAGAAAAGGUCAAGGCUGUCAUCGCUAGGACCAGGUUUACUGAUGAGCCUGUAUCUACGCUUGCCGGACUGCACUUUAAUAUUCAGAAGAUAUCGCACGCUCUUAAUGAUAUCCAGAACCAGCAGUUGGAACAGGACCUGCUGCAGGAUCGUGUCAACGAAAUCAUCAAACAAGCGGACCAGAGAAACAGGCAGAACAUACAGUCGCAAAGUGACGAAGUCACAGACGAAUGGAAUUCUCUUGUGUCCGAUUUGGAGAAUAGGAGGGACACUCUCACAGGAUUAGCUCAAAUGUGGGAAGUUUUCGAGGGAAGGUGGCAGAACUUCGAAAGCUUGUUGAGCAGUGUCAGCGAGAAAGCCAAACAUCUGGACUAUGUGGUUCGAAACAAAGAGCACGUAGUGCAAACCAAGAGAAGCGUGGAGGAGUUGCAAUCAGAUGCACAGGCGAUUAAAGUUCACCAAGAUGAAGUCAAAAAAUUAUCGAAUACAGUGUUGAUGUUCUUGACUGAAAGCUCAAAACCAUCUGCCAACGCCCUAUCUGAGAAAUUGCAACAACUAGACGAAUCAUAUGAAAGGCUUUUAACUGACCUACAAGAAAAACAACAAAAAACCGAGGUAGACCUGCAAGUUAUUGAACAGGCUUUGUCCGAUAUAGCAACCAAGAAAGCAAGCCUUCAAAACCUUAAAAAGGAAGUGGAAAAUUUCUACGUAUUCGACUCAAAUAUCUCGCAAACAGAAGAAGACUUCAAAAGGCUUCAAACCAAAGUUAACGCUGAGCUUAGAAGCACCAAGGAAUUCUCCAGUGGGAUAAUCAAGAAGUACACAACUUCCCAGAACUUGGUACCUUCAGAUAUCUCCCAACAACUGAAUCAACUAGAACUGUUAUCUGAAUCUGUAACAACAGCAAUGGAAGAAAAAGAUAGAGAAUUCAAGAAGGCGCGUACCAUUAGAACCGACUUUUCUAAUGACGUAGACGAAGUGCAAUCAUGGAUCAAAGAUGCUGAACUUAAAAUCCAAGAUAGAUCCAUCGAACCACAACUAUUACAUGAGCAUCUUCAACAAAUUCAAUUAGAAUUAAGCAGCGUUCACGAUAAACUCGAUAAACUUACUAGAAAUGGACGAAUUAUUAUUGAAAAAACCAAAGACGAUGAGGAAAAAGAACUGACGCAAUCUACUAUUAAUAAUUUGACUGAUCAAUUCGUUCAACUUAAGUCGUUGCUAGACGAGAAGAAACAACAAAUUGGGGAAACUUUAGAUGCUUGGUCUCGGUUCCUCAGUUUAUAUCAAGCCGUCAUGCAAUGGGUCGCUGAGAAGAAGGUGUUCCUCAAGGAUCCUCUACAUCUUAGUACAUUGACUGAGGCUAAGCAAAAAUUACAUGAAUAUUCGAAUGCCGUCAAGAGCUGCAAAGGUGCUACCAAAAACUUGAGUGACAUGGCUAAAGAAUUAGAAUAUAUCGGCAACGUUACAAACGUUGGUGAUCUUCCACAAAAAAUGGAAGAAGCCGAAGAGGCUAAGAUCGAAGUGGAAACUCUAAUUCUUGAAAGGAACGGACUAUUAUCAGAAACAUCUGAAGAAUGGGAACAAUGCGAGAAAAAGAUCAAGGACGUACGUAUCUGGAUAGACAAAACAAAAACUGCUUUAGACUCUCCACAAAACAAGAAGAAACCACUUAGAGACCAACACGGUUUGAGAGAAAAAUUGUUGGCAGAUAUUCAGAUACAGAAAACGAAAAUUGCUUUGUCGGUAGAAAAAUUACAGGUACAUUUCCGUUCUGGAAUCGAGAGCGACUCCCAAGUCACCCAAUCAGCCGAAGAGCUAAUCAUAGAACUCGGCGACUUAAACGCAACAGUAAAAUCACAAACAGCUCAAUUAGAAACCGCCAUUUCACAAGUGGAUGGUUACCAGCAAGAAGUCCAACAGCUUCGGCAGCAAAUCGUCCAAGUCGAACAACAUCUUCGCAGUACGAUGGCUCCGACUUAUUUACCCCACGAUCGAGAUCAGGCUCUUCGCGACCAACAGGCGCGGAUUGAAGCUAACCAGCAGAAGAUCUCUCUACUUGUCGCCCGUAUCCAACAAGUGGACCCUUACAACGCUUGCCCUCACCCGGAAUAUUCCCUUCUCGGAGUAUCCUAUGCGGAUAUCGCCGCUGGACGCUCGAGAUCGCAAGAACGCCAACCCGCUUCAUCCGCCUCCGAAAUACACGAUACGAACAAUGAUAUGGAGAGAAUUGUACCAGUUCUUCUCCCUGAGCCAAAAUCCGCUCCUCAAAAGGUCGUUCAGCUGGAAAAUAUACCCCUUAUUCGUGAACCACAACAAACAGAAACAAAAUUAGAAUCAAAAGCACCGCCAAGAACUAAAUCACCAAGGCGCAGCCGGUCACCAAGACCGAAACAUCAAUCAAUCCAAGAAAAACAUCCUAAGGAAACUAAACCAACAAUACCCGCUUCAAAAACUUUAGAUAUAGAACCGCCACCAAUCAUCGUAGAAUCACCAAAAGUCACUCAAAGAACGAGAACCCCUUCAGAACAAUCGGAAACAGAUUUAUCUUACUUAAACAUAAAACAAAGAACGCGCAGUCGUUCACCUAGUCCCAUGUGGGCACCAGGUCAAAAUACUUACGCUGACAUCCUUAAAGGACAACAAAGAGAAUCUGAAGAAAGAGAAAUACUCUUCAAUAAAGAGGUGAUUACUAAACUACCAAUACGUUCUAAUGAAGCUGCUGCCUCCCAAACUGUACAAAUAGAAAAACUAGUUCCUAUUCAAAGAGCAAUAGUGACCACAGAACCAAGGACUGAAUAUGAGAAUAUUCCUGUUCAACAAAUUAGUAGUUACCCUCAACAACAUGAGUUUGUAUUGUCUAGUCCAAUGCAGGAGUGGAACGAGUACCACCAACAUGACUACACUAUGCAAACCCAUCUUAAUGAGGUGCAUCCUAAUUAUUAUAGUCAAAUGCAGCAUAUGACAACAUCUGAUUAUAUCCAACCGAUACCGGAUAUGGUUAAUUUUAUAGCAACUGGGCAGCAAUUAUUAAAUUCAGGUCUUGGCACUUAUCACAGUUCUCAUAAUUUUGUUCCUUACAACGAAAGCGUUUACACGAAUACAGGGUAUACGGAAAAUACCUCUAGUCUUAUACAAGAAACAGAAGACCUUCCUCCAGCUGAACUGACUAAAGUAGAAGCUCUAGAAAUUAAGGAUAAUAAUACAGAAGAAGAAAUGAAUGUAGAACCACUAGCGCAAACGACGAUACCCGAAGUUACUGGUUCUCAUUUCUCCUACGCCCAAAUUUUGACUCAGGGACUAAGUGCCAAAUCUCUCCAGCCAUCCAGUUUAGCAACAGUGCAACUCUCGAACGCUCGACAAGCCCCCAGACUAAAGUCUCCCGUGCCUGGUGAUUCCACGCACAAGGAAGAAACGAAGUCUAAAUCGAGGGAGCACCCUACACGCAAUUCCAUGAUGGAGAUAUCUCAAGAUGAGAAAUUCCUCAAUGUUGCUGGAAAGCAACAUCAAGAAAAUAUUAAUUUAGAUGAACAUUUUUAUGACUUCGAACGCGAUCAGUCGUAUUCGUACCAUGGAGAGCCUACCAAAGCGGUAGGUGGUAAGGAAACGACUGUUCUUUCCUCCACACAAGACUUAUUUAGUGAUAGUGAUGUUUCUCCCAUUGAUAAAGUGAAUAAAAAUAAGAAACAUAAACCUAAAGACGAAUCAAAUAAGUCACAUAUUAAGCAAAUAACAGUUACCAAAUCGAAAACUAAAACUGUUAAAGAACCAGAAAUCCACAUUGAAGAAACUAAAAUAACUACUAUUGUAAAAUUACCACCAACCGAAGAUGAUCCGAAUUAUAACAGUAGCAUUAGUCAUGACAAACACAACAAAUCAAAGAAAAAACAUAAGCCCAAACAAUCCAUACCAGAAGAACACAGGGCAGCUUAUGUUAUUGAAGAAUUUAUUAGGCACAUCUCAGAUGAAGAAGAAGUCGACGAUAAAAGAGAACCUAAUAUUAGACCUCCUAAACGAGAAAAGAAGUCCAAAAACAAGACAAAAGACCAAAUCAAACAAUCGACCGAAUUCAUAAUUAAUGAACAGUUGACUACCACAACCUUUGAUUCUAAUAUAGACAUUAAUACUAAUACAGUUAUUGAAACAAGUCCAUCGACAACAUCCGACCAACUAAAUAUAGAAAACAUUACGGUACCAAAAAUUGAUAAACCUGAAGAAGAAAAUAAAACAUCGAAAGAUAAAAAGCAAAAGAAAAAGCCACAUCCUAAUGAGGAUAAUAAAACUAGCACUGUAGAACCAACAAUAGAUACUGAACCUACAACCAAACAGAUAGAUACUGAGUUAGGAACAAUUCAACCACCAGCUGAAGAAAUUACUAAAAAGAACAAAAAAUCGAAGAAGAAGAAACAACCAGAAUCAAAAGAUGAUAUUGUCAGCCAAUUGGUGUUCACUGAAGACGUAGUUAUUAAACCCGUUUUAUCAGAAACAACACAAGAUUCAGAUACAGAAAUUAAAUCAACUGAGAAUAAAUCAUUUAAACAACCUACUUUUGAAGCUAAGAAUAGUGAAACUUGUAUUUCCGAACAACCGAAAGAAAUUCAAGAAGAUCAGGAGAAAAAGAAGAAAAAGAACAAGAAAUCUAAAAAGAAACCAGAACAUGAAAGAAAUAUUUCUGAUAUUACCACUGAAAUGAUACAAGUAGAAAGUACUGUAUUAAAAACCACUCAAUCUGAAGUACAUACCAUUGACGAACAGUUAAAUGUUGAAGACACCAUAAUAAAACCUGAAAUUGAAAUAUGCAAGAAAAUUGCAGAUGAAAAACUUGAAGAAACAUCCGAAAGUCACCCUAAAUCCAAACGAAAUAAGAAGAAAAAACAUGAACCAAAACUUACUGAUGAGAAAAUUGUUAAAAUAGUAGAACCCAUAAUAGAAAUUGCAGAGACUAAAAUCAUUGAAGAUAUUCCAAAUGAUAUUGUUAAAAAACCACGAAAGAAAAAGAAUGAUAGAGGUAAACAGGACCAUAACGUUACUGAGGUACCUAUUCUGGAAAAAGGUGAUUCUUCAGAACAGGUUCAAUCCACGGAUAUACAAAUUUCUACUGUCAAAAAAGAAGAACCCGCUGCAGAAAUGAUACAUACUGAAACUGUUAAUGACAUUACAGGUAAUGUUGUUAAACAACCAAGAAAAAAGAAAAAUGACAAAAACAUACAAGAAAAUAAAGUUACUGAAGAACAUGUUCAUGAAAAUAAGGAACACGCUCAGGUUAUUGAAGUUCAUACUACAGAAAUUUCUACAGUCAAAAACGCAGACUCUAAAAUAGAAAUUGCUGAGGAAAAUACUAAUCAUGUAGUUAAAAAAGAGAACGUGAUUCCGGAAAAUACAGUACAAUCAACAGAAAUUGUUAACCAACCAAAAAAGAAGAAGAAUGAUAAGAAUAAACAGGAAAAUAUGGUUACUGAAGAAACAAGUAUCAUAGACAAAGAAAUUGAUACGAUCAAAAACGAAGAUUCUUUAAUAAAAACGGUUCUAAAUAAUACUGAUAAAAUAACAAGCGAUAUCGUUGAAAUAGAAAAUGUUUUGCAAGAAAGUCCAACUCCACUAAUCUUAGAACAAGUUCAAUAUGUUGUUACUACAGAUGACGUAGUAGACAAUACAGAAAAUUCCAAGUUUAAAGCAAACGUUAUAGUGGAAGAAAAAGAGAUGAUACAACAAAUAACUUCAAACAUUACAACCGAGGACGAAUCUUUAGAUAAAGAUAUUGAAAUUUUAGGAACACCCAAAGAAUUACUCACUCCUGCGAAAUCUGUAGAGACAGUACCUCAUUCCAAACAAUCUCGAAAUAAAAAGGAGAAAUCUGAUCCCACUGAACAAAUUCAUCCAUCGGAUAUGGAAAAAGCAUUGGUUAUAGAACAAGAGAUAUCUUUAAAACAAACAAAAUCAAUUGAAGAAAAGCCAAUUGAAAUUAUUUCAAACAUUAUAGAAUCUCAAAAACAUUUAACAGAGGUUAAUACUUUAAACAAACCAAAAGCUAACGAUAGAUUUAUUGAUAAUGAAAUAUUCUUAAAUAAUGAAAUAAUAUUCAGUGAAACUACCUCCUUAUUACCUACAAACAUUAAUGUGGGUACUGAAACAAAAACUUUACUUGAAUCUUCCACAGAACAUAAACACGAUUUAGUUGCUUCAACUAAAGAAGUUUUAGAAGCAUCAUCAGAUAUUGUACAAUCUGUAAUCACUAGUGCUAUAUCAAAACUUACUACUACCACUUCUAAAAAAGAAAAUUCAACAGAAUCCAAGCAGACCACAGUAAGUACUAUUGUCACAAAUUCUGACAAACUUGCAAAUAAGACGAAAGAAGAUAAAAACGCAUAUAAUAAAAUAGAUAUUAAAGAAAUACCAGAAAUCGAUGGUUCAAAAGAAACAACCAAAGUUACAUUUAUCACACAUGAAGAGGUAAGAAUGAAACCCAUUGUUACUAUAAAAAUGGAGUUUAAGGAUACACCUGUUGAGGAAAUUAAAACUAUCGAAGAAAACCUAAGAGAAAUUGAGAGAAACGUCAGUGAAGAAUACAAAAUACAAGUGUUACAAAAAGUAACUGAAGACAAACACUUACAAUUUGAAACUGUAAUUGAUGAAAAUAUAGUAACAAAUGGACACAGUUUUGAAGAAAAGGCUAAUGCAACAGAUACUGAAAAUACUUGUGAAAUUGAAAUGGAAGAAGUUAUUUUCGGUUCUGUUAAAGAAAGACCCAGUCAGAAAGCAGCUAGAAUAGCCAAUGAGGAUAAAAAAGAUCACCCUGUUGUUGAUGACGAAUUACCAAUAAGUGACAUCACAGCGCAAAAUGUUAUUAAUGACACUGACAUCGCCGUAGAACCAUCAUUGUCAAGGUUAGAUUCAAUAGUUGAAACAGAAAUUAAUACUUUUGAAAAUAUUAUGGAUGUUUUGGAUUCAAGGAAGAAACAUAAAAUUCCUAAUGUUGAUGUCGAACCAAAAACUAGCAAAAUUAAAGAAUCUGAGAAUGAAGAAUUGGUAGAAAAGAAUUUAGAAGAAGAUCAUGAGAUUAAAAAAUCUAAAAAGAAAAAACACAAAAGUAAAAAAGUUAAAACCACUGAAGAUUCAAGUAAAUCAGAACCGCUACCAAUAGAAACCAAAUCUGAAUCGCAUUUAGAAAAAUCAGAAUUAUCACGGGGUGAAUUAGAACAGUCUCAAAUUGUAACAGAAGAAGAUACAAUAGAAAAAACUGAAAAUUGUGAUACGUUCCAAAUACUAUCACAACUGAAACAAGAGACUUUACUUAAAUACUCACCAGAUGUUUCAAAUAUUCCAGAUAGAAAAGUUAAACUAAUUCCAGUAAAUGAAACCAAAACUCCAGAAGAAAAAAGGGAAGAAGUGCAUCAAAAAACAAUUACAGAAGAGAAAUUUGAAGUAAUCCAAGCUAACGAAAUUUCAGAAGCGAUAAUAGAUAAUGAGAAUUGCAUUUUUAUUGAAAAAGAAAAACAAGAAGAGGAGACAAAACCAAUAGUUGUUGAAGACACUCUUCCUACUAAAGAAGGAAAACAAUUGACAUCAUCAAGUAUUUAUGUCAAAAUAGAUAAAGACUAUUUUGCAAACCUUCCUUCAGUACAAUUAUCACCGGAAUUACCUUUACCUGACAUUUCAUAUCUAGAAGCUACAAGUACAGAUAUUACCACUAAUGAGAGUAAAUUAGUUGAAGAGUCCACAGAAAGUAAUGCUGACGUACUUCUUAAAUUAAAGAAAGAAACCAUUCAAAAGUACCAGGAAGAUGUAUCUAAAGAUAUCAACGAAAAUGGAAUCCUUAUCGAUAAUAAGAAAGAUAAAAAGAAAAAGAGAAAAGAUAAAAAACGUAAAUCUGUUACUUUUGAGGAAAACCCACAAGUGAUCAAUAUUAUCGAAGAACCUAGUAACAUAGACGAUCAAACAGAAACUGCCGAUGAAUUCUUUUUUGUUUCUGCAGUAAAGGAAGAAGAAAUGGAACUUCUAAAAGAAGAUCUUCACCAGAACACUGUAGAUGAUAUAUCCGACACUUUUGAAAUAAUCCACACAGAAGGAGAUCAUACUGUUGAAUCAGAAAUAACUGAGGACAAAUCUUCAGAGAAAAAGAAAUCUAAAAAGAAGAAACAUAAGAAAGAACAUGAAAUUGGUGAUCAAGUUGAUAAGAGUCGCACAGAAAUAAAUGCAGCUUUUAUGACAGAAGAAAGAUUACAUGCAUUACCACAUAUUGUAACUGAGAACAAAGUUAAAUCGCAACCAGAGCCUCACGACCAUCAUAAAAAGAAAUCUAAACAUAAAAAACCAAAACAUGAAGAAUCGGAUAUAUCCGUACCUAAAACUGAAGAAACCAUAAUUGAAAAAGAUACCAUAGUCCAAGAAACUGAACAAGCGGAUGGAGAUAAACAAGAACCCCCAAUUUCUGUUUCUGUAGAAUCAAAAGAAAUAGAAAUUGAAUCGGCUGAAGUUAAAGAACACGAUAAAAAAUCUAAGAAAAAACAGAAACACAAAAAAGAAGUGGUCGAAGUAAAAGAAAUAGCUCAUGAAAAACUUCCAGAAGAUGUAAAAAAACCAGAUGUAACAACCGAAGAGAAAUAUAUCUUUCAUCAACAAGAACAUAAAAUAGAACCGGAUAAUGUUGAAAAUUCAACAAAAGACAAAUCUAAGAAAAAGAAACACAAGAAGGAUACAGUUGAGCAAAUUAUUAUCAUUGAAAAAGAACCAAUAGAGAAAGUACCUGAAAAAAUUGAGAGUUCUCAGACUGUAGAUAUUACAAAGACUACUUCAUCAUAUGAUUCUGAAGUAAAAUUUUCUGAAAAUACACAAGAAAAUAUAAGGGAAGAGAGCAUUUCAUGCGAUACAGUCUCAAAUGUAGAUGAUCGUUCUGCAACUAAAUCCAAAAAGAAAAAGAAGCAUAAGCAGAUAGAACGUGAAAUCACUGCAGAAAAACAUAUUGAUUCUGCAUCAAAUAAUUUAACUAGUAUUACAACUACUUCGAUUGAUUCGUAUACAACUAUAACUACUGACACCGAUAUGUCAGCAAUUUCUUACACAACCGUUGAUGCCGAUGAACUAGAUCUAGAUAGUAUUGGCGUAACAGAAAAGCCUUCUUGGGCUACUAUUGUUGGAUCAAACCUCCCUGCAAAACCUCAGCCAGUACAGCAAGUACAAGCCAAACCUAAAUAUGAGGUUCCAAUACCCCAACCUGUUAAAAUUGAGGAGGUAUCAAGUUUUACUCCUGAAACAAGUGAGAUAUCUUCGAUUGAUAAAAAACAUAAGAAAAAACAUAAAAAGAAGCAUCACGAUGUAAUUGAAGAAGCAUCAAAACCAGCAUUUGAAAUUAUAGAAGAAAUAAGACACAUACCAGAUGUGGAAUCCAAACCUGAAGUUACUGAAGGACUAGAUAAACACCAUUCUAAUGAAAAAACGAAAUCUAAGAAGACGAAACAUAAACACUUAGAAGAGUUGGAAUUAGAAGAAAAUAAAGUAGAAGAACCAGUAUCUAGUGGACAUGUUUUGACUGCAAAGCCUGAAGUGACCGAUUUCCUUAAACAAGAAGCACCAGAGACUGUUUCCAUAAAAAAAGUUGAGUACAAAGGACUGCCUGUCGAUGAAUCUACUAAUAUGUUCUUAGAAAUACUGGAGAAACCUAUGGUAUUCUCUGAUGAAGAAGAAGGUUCGACUGUAAUUCAUGAAAAACAAUCUGUAGAUAUUUCAGAUAAAACAAAGACAAACCAAACUUUAAAUAUUACUACAGAAUUCAUAAAUACGGAAAUGAAAGAUGCUAAACUAGCUCAACAAAUUAAAAUUGAAACUGUUAAACCUGAUAAUAAUGAUACACAAAUACAUGAGAGUAGUUCGAAGAAAAAGUCCAAGAAACAUAAACACAAAAAGGAUAAACUUGAACAAGAAAAACAUAAACCAGAAGAUAUAACAGUAACGAAAACUUUAGUUGAUUCAGUAAUGAAAGAAGCUAAAGCCGAAGAGGUCAAAGAAGAAAUUAAAAUUACUCAGGAAGAAAUCGGUGUCUUAGAAGACAAAAUUAUUGACCAACCCGAAGUCCAAAAGAAAAUUGAUUUAUCUGAAGUUCAUAUAGAUAAGAAUGACGAUCAUGAAAAGCAUAAAAAAUCAAAAGAAGAGAAGCCUGGUCAGGAACCACAUUCCAAAAUUAAAAAACCAUCACAAAAUAUCCCAGAGCAAAAAACUGAAUUUAAAGGAUUACCAGUUGAUGAGUCUACGAACUUAUUCAUGGAUAUUUUAGACGAGCCAUUGAUAUUAACCGAUGACGCGGAGCAAUUGGAAAUAAAAGAAGACAUUUUAUCAGCUAAACAACCUCCAGACAUUAACUUAAAUUUUAUCAAUGCUGAAAGAACUAUGACUGAAGGUACAAAGAUUGAAAAGCAGGUAGAAAUUAUUAAAAAAUCAGAAGAAACAGUUAAGCAACUAAUAAAACCAGAAGCCAAAAUUUAUGAUAGUGACAAUAUAACAGAAAAACGUGAUUUUAAAGAUAAAUUAGAACAUAAGAAACCAGAAGAAAGUAAUGAACCUAUUUUGGUGAAAAAAAUCGAAUAUAAAGGUUUACCGGUUGAUGAUUCAACCAACCUAUUUAUGGAUAUUUUAGACCAACCUAUGGUAUUAAGUGAUGAUGAACAAAUAGAAGAUGAAACUGUAUCAUUUAAAGAAACUUCAGAUAUUAACAUAGACACUGUCAAAACUAAAAAAACGCAUACUGAAGAAGUAAAAACAGAUAAAGUGACUGAAGAUCAAUUUAAACUUAAGGAACAUCUAGAACUUAAGGAAGUUGAAGAAAAAAUGCCAUUAAAAGAACACGAUAGUGAUACUGACAAACAUGACGUGACUGAAAAGAAAAAAUCAAAGAAAAAGAAACACAAAAAACACGAGAAAAAUCCUGAACCACAAGAAAUUCCUAAAGAACUUAAAAAAGUAGAAUUUGUUCAUUCAAAAACAGAAGAAACAUCAACUUCUAACAUUAAUCAAAAUUUUAUAAGUUCUGAAAAAUCUGAAUCGUUAAUUGAAAAAGUUCCAGUAAUAAAAGAAGUUAUUACUGAACCGAUUGAAACACCAACAAAGAAGAAAGAAAAGAAACAUAAGAAACAUGAAGGCAAGCAUGAACUGGAUCAACACAAAUCCGAAACAGUUGACAGUGUUCAGCAUAUUAUCGAAGAUGAAGUUAAAGCAACUACAGAAAAAGUUGAAUAUAAAGGUUUACCAGUUGACGAAUCUACUAACUUUUUCAUGGAUAUCUUAGAUCAACCAAUGGAGUUUUCUGAUGAUGACAGUGAAUUUGUAAAAGUAAAUAAGAAAGUCGAUGAUUCUACCAACUUAUUUAUGGAUAUUUUAGACCAAUCUAGGAUAUUAAAUGACAAUGAACAAAUAGAUGAAACUGUAUCGGUUAAAGAAACUUUAGAUAUUAAUAAAGACUUUGUCAAAACUGAAAUAAUUCAUAAUCAAGAAGUAAAAACAGAUAAUAAAGUGACUGAAGAACAAUUCAAAUAUAAGGAACAUCCAGAACUUAAGGAAGUUGAAGAAAACAUGCCAUCAAAAGUACACGAUAGUGACAUUGACAAACAUGACGUGACUGAAAAGAAAAAGUCAAAGAAAAAGAAACAUAAAAAACAUGAGGAGAGUCCAGAACCACAAAAAGAAAUGCCAAAAGAUAUUAAAAAAGUGGAAACUGUUCAAUCAAAAACAGAAGAACUAUCACCUUCUAAUAUUAAUCAAAACCUUAUAAAUUCUGAAAAAUCUCAAUCGUUUAUUGAAAAGGUUUUAGAAAUAAAAGAAGUUAUUACUGAACCUAUUGAAACACCAUCGUAUACUGAAAUUGAAAUUACCAGUCCAACGAAAGAGGAAGAAAAGAAUCAUAACAAACAUGAGGACAAGCAUGAACUGGAUCAACAUAAAUCUGAAACUGUUGAUAUUCAGCAUAUCGAAAAGGAAGUUAAAGCAACUACAGAAAAAGUUGAAUAUAAAGGUUUACCAGUUGAUGAAUCUACAAACUUGUUCAUGGAUAUUUUAGAUCAACCAAUAGAGUUAUCUGAUGAUGAAAGUGAAUUAAUAAAAGUAAAUAAGAAAGAUGGUGAUUCUACCAACUUAUUUAUGGAUAAUUUAAACCAACCUAGGACAAUAAAUGAUGUUGAACAACGAAUAGAAGAUGAAACUGUAUCAGUUAAAGAAACUUUAGAUAUUAAUGUAGACUUUAUCACAACUGAAGUAAGUCACACUCAAGUAGUAAAAACAGAUAAUAAAGUAACUGAAGAACAAUACAAACUUAAGGAAGUUGAAGAAAACAUGCCAUCAAAAGUAUACGAUAGUGAUACUGCCAAGCAUGACGUGACUGAAAAGAAAAAGUCAAAGAAAAAGAAACAUAAAAAACAUGAGGAAAUUCCAGAACCACAAAAAGAAAUGCCGAAAGAACUUAAAAAUGUUGAACCUGUUCAAUCGAAAACAACUUCUAAUAUUAAUCAAAACCUAAUAAAUGCUGAAAAAUCUGAAUCGUCAAUUGAAAAGAUUCCAGAAAUAAAAGAAAAUAUUACUGAACCUAUUGAAACCCCAACAUAUACUGAAACUCAUAUUGUCGGUCCAAUGAAAGAGCAAGAAAAGAAACAUGAAGACAAGCAUGAACUGGAUCAAAACAAAUCCGAAACUGUUGACAUUAUUCAGCAUAUCGCAGAAGAAGUUAAAGCAACUACAGAAAAAGUUGAAUAUAAAGGUUUACCAGUUGAUGAAUCUACAAACUUGUUCAUGGAUAUUUUAGAUCAACCAAUGGAGUUGUCUGAUGAUGAUAGUGAAUUCGUAAAAGUAAUUGAGAAACUUGAAACUCCACAAACUAUAACUAUUCCACAGCAAGUCGAUAAUGUAAUAUUAAAAGAAGAAUUAGUUAAACAAAAAGUAGAGUAUAAGGGACUGCCAAUUGAUGAGUCCACUAACAUUAUUGAUUUACUAGAUGAUCCUAUAGUAUUUUCUGAUGAUGAAGAUUAUUCGAUUGAUGACACUAAAGAAAAAUAUGUUAAAACUGAUACAAUUGAAGAAGAAAAACCAGUUGUAGAAAUUUCAAAUGUUAAUUCUGACUUCUUGAAUUCUGAAAGAACUGUAAAUUUAGAAACAAAAACAGUAUCAGUUAUUACCGAAAUCAAUAAAUCUACUAUUAAAAAUAACAGUGAAUUCAUGAACGCAUUGGAUGAAUCAGAAUCUAAGGCAAUUAUAGUUUCAGAACCUAAAACACUUGAACCAACUGAAAGCAUAAAGUCGCCCACAAUACCAGAAGAAAAUAUUAUUAAAUAUGAUGUUCUCGUACAGAAUAAAGCUGAGGAGGAAUAUUAUGAGACUGUGUCUAAAAAAACCGACACAAAAUCUGAAGUUAUUAUUGAAGAAUCUCUAUUCACAUAUGAUAUUCUAAAAAUGUUUCGCGACGAAAUAAAUUACUAUGAGAUACAAGCACAAGAAAACAAGAAAAAGAAGAUUGAAACUCCUAAAGAAGAAAUUAAAGAAACUAAAGAUGUAGAAAAAGAAAUCGAAGAACCCGUUUUUAAUAUUAACGAUUUGUUGGAAACCAAACCUAAUUUUGAUUUGGAAUAUCUGUUACAAGCAGAAAUAGAAUGGUAUGAACAAAAAGCUAAAGAACUUAAAAUGGCAAAAGAAUCUGUAAAAUAUGAUGAAAUCAAAUCUGUAGAAGAAUCAGUUGAACUAGAACAAAAACCAACAGACUUACUUGUUGUAGGAAAAUCCAUGCUAAUUCAUAAACCAGAACAGAAAAGAGUAAGCGAAACUGAAGAAAAACUAACCGAAGAAUCAUCUAAAACCAAACAACAUGAACUCCUGAGAAAGGAAGAAGUACAAAUAGAAAUGAGUGAGGAUGAAUUUGAAAUAAUAGAGCAAAGUGAAAUUGAUACAGCUAUUCUGGCGGAAAAAGAAGCCAGAUAUCUUGAACAAAAGAAUGUAAUAAUAAACAAACAAGAUGAAUUAAAAGCUGUUGAAGAAAUUAAAAAAUCUUCGCAAUUUAAAGCUAUUGGGGAAACAGAAACCCAAUGGAAUGAAACAGUCCAAACAACUAUUGAAAAGAGUACACAACCUCAACAAUAUGAAGCUAUUGUAGAAAUUGAAACUGAACAGGAUAAAACAAUUCCAAAAACUGAUGAAAAAGGUGAUCAAUCUUUACAAUAUGAAGCUAUUGUAGAAACAGAAACCAAUGUGGACGAACCAAUCCAAAAUAAUGAAUUACAUACUCAUUUUGAAGCUAUUGUAGAAGUAAACACUAAAGAAGAAAACAUAAUUCAAAAAACACCGUUUGAAACUACCGAAGAAAUACAAAGCAAAGAAGAAUUAAUUGAAAAAACUUUUGACGAAUCCAAACCUUCUCAGUUUGAAGCUAUUGUUGAAUCUGUCGUUGAAUUCAUUCCAAAGUCUGAUCGCAAGAAAUACAGCCUAAAUCCAGACGCAGCUGAAUUCGUACCUAGUUCAUCUAGCCCUCUUGUACCUGAGUAUAUGGAACACAAUCAGAUAUAUAGAGUAGAAGAAGAAAAAUAUGAAGAAACUGGUUGGGACUAUGAUAAUAAAACAGACUACGGCAUUAGCGAUACAGAAUACAAAUCAACUUACCAAAUUUCACCCGGAACUUCAAAAUGGGUGAAUGAUAUUUUAGAUGAUUCAGAAGAACAGGAAAGAAAAUUCCAUCAAGAUAAAUUAGAACAGCAAAGGCUAGAAGAGAGUCUUUUGCCGAAGAAUGUUAUUUCAGAAUUAACUAUUAGCAGCGUCCGAGAUGUUCCACCAAAAACCGAACCUUCAAAAGAAUCAUUAAUUUCUGAUCUCAAAAAUAAAACUCAAAAGUUUGUCGAAGCAGAACGCCAAUUAAUAAGAGAAUUGGUAGAUACCUCAAAAGCACCUGUUAGAGAACCGGAAAAAAUUGUGGAUAACAAAGAUACCACCAAUGUUUGGGCUAAUCUAAAAGCCAGUGAUAAGACUUAUGCUGAUAUUGUGGCCACUCAUGCAGUUGUACCUAAACACGAGCAUCAAGUUGUUAGAGAACCUAUACGUACAAAAGAAUUUGAAACCAUCGUUACAGAAACUGAAGGAAUUCAAAAAACUAAUGUACUCGCAAAGAGCAAAGAUUUUAUAGACCAUAGUAAGAAAUCGCGAACUCAUUCUAGUGAAAAUGAAGCUAAACGAGUUGCUCCGCCCCCUGAAAUUCCAAAAGAAAAAGUUUUUGAACCUAAAAGAACAUCAAGAAAACGUUCAAAAACACCUCCGACUAUACCUCAUGAAAUUCGAGUUGAAGAAGUUACUGAAACUCAGUUGAAAGUAUAUGAGGAUAUUAUUGAUGAUGACCUAACAACUAACUCUCAUACUACUUCUUAUGCUAAAGUUUUAGCUACAUCUAGUCCAAAAACAAGUUUCAAACAAGAAGUUAAACUUUUAGACGACACUCCAAUUAUUACUAAAGAUGCCGAAAAACUUAAUAUUAGUGAUGCAAGUGAAUCAGAAUUCAAAGAUACAGAAAGUAAGAAGAAAUCCAAAAAGUCUAAAAAGAAAACAAAAUCAUCAGAUGCUCAAAUUACAGUUGAGACUGAAAUUUCUAAAAAGGAACAACAAUCCUCAUUACCAAUCCAACAAGAGGAACCUACAGAGUUAAUAAUUGAACCUACUAAAGACAGUAAUAUUUCUGAUCUGCCAACGUAUGCUAAAAUAGUAGUUUCUCAACCACAAUUACAAUCUUCAGUAAUAACAAAAGAAAUUAAAAAAGUUACACAAAAAGAAGAAUUUAGUGAAAAAGAGCCUGAAGAAAGUGUAAAAAUUGUGAUAACAGUUGCUGAACCAACAGAAGAUAUUGAAAAACCGAUUCCCUUUGAGGAAGGUAAAAAGAAACGCAAUAGAUCCAGAAAGCGUUCAAAGACUCCAACCAUUCAACCUGCAACCGAAAUUGAGGUUGAACCAGAAGAGAAGAAACCUAAAGAAAUCGAUGCUGAACAACCAAAUUUGGCUGAAGAACCUAAAUUAAUUAGUCCAAUAGACAGCGGUUUUACAUAUGCUAAAGCAGCUGCUUCCAACAUUGUAAAGCAACAUGAUACAUCUCAAAUUCAACAGAAGCAGGUGGAGCCUAAAGAAAUUGUUCCUACUAAAGUGCACGUUGAAGUUAUCAGAACUGAAACAAUUCAGAAAGAAGAAACAACAUUGUUGGAACCAAUGCCUGAAGAUGUAAAAGGUAAAAAGAAACGUACUAGAUCUAAGAAACGUUCAAAAUCUCCUGCAGUUGAAACUCAAGUGAAACUUAAAGAACCCGAAGAAUCACUUACACCUGAGGUAACUAAAACGGAGUUAACUGAAAAUGUACUAAAAGAGGAUACUGAACCUAGAAAAGUAGAACUAGUGAAGGAACCUACAAUUCAGGAAGAUCUAACAGAUAUAAUUACUGAAGUUAAAGAAAUUAAAACUAAGACAGUUAAACAAGAAGAACCAGAACCACUCCUUGCAGAACCGAUAGAAGAAAAGGGUGAGAAAAGGCGAGGUAGAUCCAGAAAACGAUCAAAAACCCCUAUAAUAGAAUCUAAGCCAGAAUUUAAAGAACCCGAAGAACAUCCUAAGACUGCAAUUGUUAUGGAGACGUCGCUUGAAGAACAUAAACCAUUUACUGAUAUCAAUGGAUCAACUUAUGCAAAAAUAUUGGCUUCAAACAUUCCAAAAGCAUCAGAAAUUCAACAAAAACCUAUAACUUCUGAACUUAUUAAUGUGUCUGAAAUUCCUGCGGAAAGCAAAAUUAAAGAGUCCGAAUUAUCCCAGCCAGAAUCUACAGAAGAAAAUGAUUCAAAGAAGAAAAGGAAAUCCAGAAAACGUUCUAAAACUCCAUUGGUCGAAUCUAAAAAAGAGUCUGAAGAGAUAAUUAUUACCUUGACACAUAAAGACGAGACGACUUCUGUUCUCAUUGAUAAAUCGAACACUUCACAACCUGAAAAUGUCAUUUCUAAUAAUGUGGUUCCUCAAAUUGAAAUAACUGAAGUUGAAGCAAAUGAAGAAGCGACAACUCAUGUUCUCAUCGAAGAAUCUAACACAAAAACACCAGAAGAAGAUUUAAUUUCUAAAAAUGUUUCUCCUCAAAUUAAAAUAACUGAAAUAAAUAAAACCGAAACGAUUUUAACGGAAGAACCUGCUUCGCUUAGGUCAGAGCCAGUCGAGGAACAAACGAAAAAGAAAAGACGCAAUAGAUCUAGAAAGCGUUCGAAAACACCUACGGUGGAAAAUAAGACUGAAUCUGAUGAUAAAGUAAUUGACAUUACAAUUCCCAAGGAAGAAAAUGUAUGUCAAACCGAUAUUACUCAGACAAAUUUGUAUCACCUAUCGUAUGCUGAAGUAGCUAAAGCAGGAAGUAGAGAUCCUUCACCUCAUCCAAGUAAUCGGUAUACUGUAGAAACCAUCACAUCUUCAUUAAAGAAAGAGGAGUCAGAAAGUAAUGAAGACUUAGAAGUCUAUUUAGAAAUAGAAUUUGAAUCUCCAACUUCAUCCGAAGACGUGGAGACAGCUGAACCAAGUGUAAAAGAAGAUAUUUCAAUUGAAAAUGAUAGUUCGACAAAAGAAGAUAAUACUGAUUUAAAAACUGACUUACACCAUCAUGUAGAUCUAUUCAUUCAAGAAGAAAGAAAUGCUACUUUGGCGGAUGUAGUCGCAAAAGUACAAGAAGCCAUUAUAGAUUUUAAAACUACAGGUAUUGAAAUUGUAACAGAUGUAAAAGAUUCUUCUGAAACCCAAGAAAGUAAUGAUGAAGAACCAUCUAAAAAAAGAAAGACUCGAUCUAGGUCUCGAAGGAAACACCAAACACAAUCUAAAUCCGAAACUGAGCCUACUGAUAUUUACGUUCCUCAAGAAUUACCUGUUAUUAGUGUUCUUAAAAAUAACGAACAAAUCAGAGCACAGUCGCGUUCUCCUAGUAGAUCUUACGCUGCAGUAGUAAAAAAUACCUUAGAAGAGGUGAUGCCUGAAUAUGUCACUUAUACAUCAGUAAUUUCUACAAUUGAUGCUAAACCACAAAAAAGUGACAUUUCUGAAGCAAUCUUAGAAACAAAAGAAAUAAAAGAAGUUCCUAUUAAGAAAGAAAGUUUAGGAAACGAAGAAAUUCUGAAAGUGGAUUUAGGGUUUGUUAAAGAAGUGGCGAUUAAAAAAGAGGAUGCAAUCGAAAAAGUGGUAGUUUCUAAAUCAGAAGAAGAUAAAAAUAAUAAAAAGAAAAGUAAAAAAUCUCAUAAACCGGAUCAAACUGAAGAAAAAAUUGAAGAAAAAUCUUCUCCUGAACUUCAGAGUGAUAGAGAAAUAUACAUUCAGAUAAUUGAUUUAGAAUUGGUUAAAGAAGUAGCGGUUAAAAAAGAGGAUGCACUAGAAAAAGUGGUAGUGUCUGAACCAGAAAAAGAUAAACAUAAGAAGAAAGGUAAAAAAUCACAUAAACCGGAUCAAACGGAAGAAAAAAUUGAUGAAAUAUCUUCUCCUGAACUUCAGAGUGAUAGAGAAAUAGACAUUCAGAUAGUUGAUUUAGAAUUGGUUAGAGAAGUGGCCGUUAAAAAAGAAGAUACAAUCGAAAAUAUGGUAGUUUCUGAACCAGAAAAAGAAAAAUACAACAAAAAUAAGAGUAAAAAAUCUCAUAAACCGGAUCAAACGGAAGAAAAAAUUGAAGAAACAUCUUCUCCUGAACCUCAGAGUGAUAGAGAAAAAGACAUUCAGAUAAUGGAUUUAGAAUUAGUUAAAGAAGUGGCGGUUAAAAAUGAGGAUGGAAUCGAAAAAGUGGUAGUUUCUGAACCAGAAAAAGAUAAACAUAACAAAAAUAAGAGUAAAAAAUCUCAUAAACCGGAUCAAACUGAAGAAAAAAUUGAAAAAAAUUAUCCUGAACCUCAGAGUGAUAGAGAAAAAGAUAUUCAGAUAGUAGAUUUAGAAAUGGAUAAAGAAGUGACGGUUAAAAAAGAGGAUGCAAUCGAAAAAGUGGUAGUUUCUGAACCAGAAAAAGAUAAAUAUAACAAAAAGAAAAGUAAAAAAUCCCAUAAACCGGAUCAAACGGAAGAAAAAUCUCCUGAACCUCAGAGUCAUAGAGAAAAAGAUAUUCAGAUAGUAGAUUUAGAAUUGGAUAAAGAAGUGACGGUUAAAAAAGAGGAUGCAAUCGAAAAAGUGGUAGUUUCUGAACCAGAAAAAGAUAAACAUAACAAAAAGAAAAGUAAUAAAUCCCAUAAACCGAAUCAAAUGGAAGAAGAAAUUGAAGAAAAAUCUCCUAAACCUCAGAGUGAUAGAGAAAAAGACAUUCAGAUAGUGGAUUUAGAACUGGCCAAAGAAGUAGCGGGUAAAAAAGAGGCUGCAAUCGAAAAAGUGGUAGUUUCUAAACCGGAAAAAGAUAAACAUAACAAAAAGAAAAGCAAAAAAUCCCAUAAACCGGAUCAAACGGAAGAACAAUCUUCUCCUGAACCUCAGAGUGAUAGAGAAUUGGAGGAGGUAACACCUAAAAGUUCUAGUUUCUUCGGUAAUCUUAUGUCAAAGUUGACAUCAAAGAAAUCAAAGAAAGAUAAGAAGAAAAAAGGUGAUAAACACACUGAAGAUAACAUAGUGACGAGUGAAGAAGAGAAUGUCCCAAAAGAAUUCAAAGACACACCUAUGGAUAAUGAAGAAACAAUGAAGAUUAUUGAUCUAAAUAUUCAGGAAAAGGAAGAGAAAGUGAUCGAAUUUACGCCCGAACAAGAAUCUAAAUUAUUUAAACAGGAAUCUGAAAGUAUUAUUUCACAUAAAGAUAUCGCUUCUGCCUUCUUAGAAAACGCUAAAAAUUAUGAAGAAAUAUUAAGACAACAUGAACCUAACAACAAAGAAAAGACCAAACGAAAGAAAUCUAAGGAUGAAUCAGCUGAAGAUGCCAGUAAACCUGGUUUUAUAAAAACUCUUCUUGGAAGGAUAUCCAGACAAUCAUCUAAGGAAUUCGUAGAUCCUCUUGAACAAUUAAUAAGUAAUCUAGUACUUGAUGAUACCUACUGGUUAACCAAAAGCUACUACGAUGAAGCCGAAGAAAGAUGGCAAAUAGAGCAGGAAAAGAAAAGAAAAGAACACAAAGCUUCUACUAAUAUUGAUAUUUCAUCUUAUAAUCCGCCAGAUGAUGACGGUGGCUCUAGUGGUGGUAGUGGAAGAGAUUCACCUAAUCAAAGGAACGAAACUUCCAAUGCAAUGCCAAAUUCGGAAUAUAUGAUGUACAGUUUACCAGGGGGGAUAGCAGGUUGGAAGGAAGAAUCAACAUAUCUUUCUUCCGAACCUUUAAUUGACGCAAAUACAGUUGUUAAUGACGCUACUAAAUCUCCUGAAAUCCUUCCUAACGAUCCUCCUUUAGGGCCUGAAAUGCAGCCAACGAUUUCAACAGAGACCGAUGGACAACUUGUCAACAAACAUCUUAAAAAGGAACUCUCUGAGGAUGUACACAAACUUCAGAAAUCGCUGGAAAAGACCGAGGGCACUAUAGAAAUCCUCCCACAAGAAGGGUUCGAAAAUAUGAUUGUCGCUCUUGAGAACAUAACAAGUGAUCUGAAAAAACACGCAGCAGAAGCGAUACAACUAGAAGGACAAGUCAAUUCUCUAACAGCCGACUACGAAGCUCAAGGACUAUCAGCCCAAUUGGCUGGAAUUCGGACUCGUAUUGCCACUCUAUUGUCCCAAGCAGAACACGGAAGGCUUUUGGUACUGAACGCUCAACAAAUUCAGAUUAAGAAACAAGAAGAAAUAACUCAGUACCAAAUUCUGCUAGUUGAAAUACAAGAGUGGCUUGAAGUUACAAACAAGAAAAUAGCCACACUGGUUAAACCUGAAACUGAAACUCAAGCAGAAGAGCAUAUAACUAACUUAGAACUAUUACAAGUAGAACUUUUGCAUAGAGAAAACAAGUUACAAGAACUUAAAGAAGCUUGUGGACAAUUCCAAAAGUAUCCCGAUUUGCAAAGUUUAGUAAUUACUCUAAUUCACCGACUUGAAAUUGUAAUAACCACAUUUGAGGAACAAAAAAUAAUCAUCACCGAGAGAAUAAAAAUAACAAAGAAGAUCUUAGAAGAAAUUAAAGAACAAAAAGUUAAAGCUGAAACACCAGAUGCUUCCUUAGAUACUUUAGAUUCAACUUCUAUGCCAAUAGAGGAAGUUCCAGUACAUACUGAAGUCAAAGUCAUAAACGAAGAAUUCAUUGUUAAAGAAUCAGCGCCAAAACCUGUAGCUACUAUCGAAACGCAAACAGGUAGGAGCUUAUCAUCGCCAGUUGAAGAACCUCUAACCAAAGAUUUUACUGUUACUUAUAACCAACCUGUAGAUGCUCAGAUACAAACACAGAUGUCGCGACCGUCUAGCGAAGCUGAGCAAACUCAGCAAAAAGAAACCAUAACGAUAUCAAAACGUACUUCUGGAGGACAGGAAACUAUUCAAAUUGCUACUAGGCCUAUGACAGAACCACAGCCCAUUAUAGAGGAACCUGAUGAUGUUUUAGUUGAGGCUAAUUAUAGAAAGAGGCCCGAAUCCGAAACUAGACAUACAGAAUUAAAUAUAAGUAAUGUAGCACCUAACCAGGCAUUUGAAACUGUAUUUGUAGAACCCGAUGAAACAACCACAGAAGUUAUUGUAGAUGCUGAUGGCUCUAAACGAGUAAUUGUAAGGAAAUUCCAUAGAACAGUAGUCAGACAUCAAGAAUCGUCCCAACAUCAGCAAUUUAGUACUCUAAGUGCUCUAACAGAAGAUGGAGUGCCAGUUACCCAAUCGUUUUCUCAAAUAACCUUAACAGGACAACAAAGCGCCACAUCCGUAGCCAAAGGAGAUGGAAGUAAAGCUACAGUUACAAGUCAACAAUAUGGCGGGAAGGUCAUUUCAGGAGCAUCAGGAGGAGAAAUUAACGUUCAAGAAUACGAGACAGAACCAGAAACACACUAUACUGUUACUGGUCCUACUUUUAGACAAGAAGAAGUAGAUAUUCAAGGCAUCAAACUCCAUGAAGGCGACAUUACUUUUAUUAACGAUCAAAAUAAUCAAUUGAUACCAGCAGAUCAGACGCAAAUAGCACUAGAAGGUAACGAAAUACAUACUUCAAGUUCAAGUGUACGGGCUGUAGUUCAGCAAGUAACAAGAAGAAUAAUAAGAAAAACUAGAAGAAUAAUACGAAGAACAGUCAUAAUCGAUGGCAAAGAGCAUGUUCAAGAAGAAGUAAUCGAAGAACCGGAAGAAAUAGAGGUAACGGAAGAAGGCAUACCAAGAGUAAGCAUAAACGUCGUAAGAACUGAAGACGGACAAAUAAUUCAACAACAGCAAUUUGGAGAAAAACCUUCUUAUUCACAACAAGAAGUAACAGUCACAGAAAAGGUACCAAAAACGACAACCACUUCAGAUGGAAAACCAAUUGAAACCGUACCGGUAGUUACUGAACCAGAAGAGAGGUAUGUGAUAGAACAAAGCACUGCACCUCAGCCUAUAUCUGCACAACCAGUUGAAAUAGACACAGAGAAACCACUUGAAAUAGUUGAAUUAGUUACAGAAAAACCUUCGAAUAUUGCAAAAGAUUUUCUAGUUGCCGAAAGGCUUGCUCACAGUGAAGUUGUCAGUAGUCAAAUUAUAGCACCUAAAGUUGAUACAGCACCUAAAGAUAGUAAAGAUAAAAACACUCCAGAUGACGAGUCUCUUAAAGAAUCAAAAACUAAAGAAAUCAUUUCAUUUAAUAUAGAAGAACAACUACCGAUUGAAGCAGAAGAAACGUCUCCUGAUAAUGUUACAGCUAAAAUUUCCCCUGUAGAGACAAUAGUGUCCACUAUAAUUACCCCAGUUGAACAAAAGACAAUAUCUGUUAGUGAAAAUGUCGUUGAAAGCAGUACUACGCAACGUUCUGCAGUACAAGCAGUAGAGUCUUCUGUAGGUAGUCCUACUGAAUCACAAGUUAAAUAUUCUACUGAAGAAAUUAUCAUUGGUACUUCGACAAUUUCCCCGGAAAAGAUUGUACUACCUUCUACAACCAGUCCAAUUGAACCGACAACUAUUGUUGAAAGUAGUACUAAAAUAAUUUCUCCUCAUAGGGCUGUAGUUUCUUCUGCACCUACUUCAAGUGAACAAAAAACAGUUACUACUUCUACCUCUGAGAAUAUUAUUCAAAUUUCUUCUGUAUUACCAGCUGUCACUGAAGUACCUUUAGAUGACAUUUCUUCUGACGUAAAGACUGAAUCUCCCAAAACGACUGAUGAAACAAACAAAGUAGCCAAUACUGAAAUUGUAACUAAACCAGAAUCAUUGGAAGUAAAAACUACAGAAAAAAUCAUAACCGAUAAUCUACAUUCUAAAGUAGCUAUUACUGAAAUUGAAACUAAACCAGAUGAACCAUUGGAAGUAAAAAUUACAGAAGAAAUAAUAACCGAUGAUUUACAUUCUCCUAGUGCUCCGCAUCUUGAAGACAUUACUGAUACUGGUCUUUUAGAAAGACAGUUAUCAGCUCAAUUUUUAGUUUCUGAGCAAUUGCAACAUCUACCAGAUGCUACAAAAUCACCAAAGAGUAAGAAGAAACGAGAAUUUGGAAAGACUAAAAAGGUAUCUGGUACACCUAGAAGUCAAAGUCCAUUACAAACUGAAGAAGAAUUAUCAUCUUGCACCGAAUCUCUCCCCAUUGAAAUCACUAAGGUUUCUUUAGAAAAAUCUCCCGAGUUAACUUCAGAGGAACACAUUAUUGCCAAGACUGAAGCUGUUUCAAUAGUUGAACCUACUACUAAAAUUAGUGAAGAAAAGUUACCUUUUGUUGAAACUACGAAAAUACAAGAAACAGAGCAUGUAACGUCCAUCAUGACAGGCCCUUCUGGAGACGUAGAAAUAGUUUUGUCAAUCGAAGAGACUCAUCCAGAAAUUAGCAUUUCGCAGAAACCGCCUGAUAUAGUACAGGAAUCUAAAAUUACUGUAGGUGAUAGUGUAACCGAAUUUCUAGAAAAUGAGAAGAAAUCCUUACCUGAAAUAAUCAAAGAAGAAAAGGAUAAAAUAUCUACGAAAACUCCUCAAGAAAUUGUUCUAACGCCUGAAGUAAAAUCUCCUGUAAUCGAAACAGCCAUAACUGUAGUUCAAUCUACUAAAACAGAACCGAAAACACCGGUUUAUGUUCCCACUUUGGUAGCAGCCACAGGAGAAAAUGUUAAAAAGAUUGAACCACCUCAGGAAGUCGAAAUAGUUCUUUCUCUAGAAGAAAAACUUGAAGAUUCUACCAUCGCAACACCAAAAGUAUCACUCACCAUGAAAAUUGAAGAAAAUGCCGAUACCUCAAAGCCUUCUGACGUUUUGCAAAAGGAUAUCCAUGUUCAACUACCAUCAAUUACCAAAACUGAAUAUUUCGAUGUUCCAAAACUCGAAGUUGAACAAACUGAGCCAACCACCCCCAGCGAUAUUGACCACGGGGGUAGGCGAAGUAAAAAGAAAAAGAAACAUAAAGAUUCUAAAACACCUACACCACAAGAAAUUAAAGAAGACAUAGUCGUUUCAGUCGAAACAGAACCAAAGCAAGAAUUGGAAGAAGAAAAACCUGAAUCUGUUAUAACAUCUUUGGCGGAAUCUGUCGUAACCUCUUUAGCGGAAUCUGUAGACAUCUUAAUUGCAGAUGAUUCUGUAAAAUCUGAAGAUACUCCAAAACCAACUAUCGAAAUAUUCGGAUCCGUUACAGAAUCUGACGAUGAUGAAAGUCUUAAAGGAAAAGAAACCGGCUAUGAAGCAGAUAAAACAGUAGAGGAAAGUCACGAUGAUGACCAGCAGAAAAAGCAACGUCGUAAGAAGAAACGAAAACAAAAAGUUAAAGUUAAGGAAUCCGAAGAAUCCAAUAUACCAAUAUCAGUAUAUGAAUCUUCAGUAGAUAUUUCCGAACCGUUUAGUGACGAGGAACCAACUAAAGUUGAAAAAAUUGAACCGGAAGUAUCGAAGAAGAGUAAAAAACGUAAGAAGAAUAAGAGAAAGCAGUCUGAAACCGAAACUGAAGAACCGAUAGAAUCAGAACCUACAAUAUUUGAAGCUAAAGAUGAUGAAAUUGUAUCACCUGCUGAUUCCUACCAUACUGUUUCAACACCAUCUGAACCAGGAACCGUUAAAAUUAUCGAAGAAAAAGUAAUAAGUAGACCUCAGAGUGAAUCACCUAAAGAAAUUACUUCUAAAAUAGUCACUCUAGUACCUGUAUUAGAAGCAGUAAUGAUUCAAGAAGAUGCGGUACAGACUUCUCCUAUUAAAGAUUUAACUUCUGAAUUUUUAGAUAAUGAACGUACAACUGUACCUGAAAAACUACCCGAAGUAGUAACAGAACAAGUGUCAGUUCAAACAUCUCCAGAAAUUCCUAAAGAAAUAGCAGAAACUUACAUCCAAACAAGUGACGAAGAGAAGGAAGUUAUAAUCAAACCAGAAAUCAGUGAAACCUCUACUCAAGUCGAUAUUUUAACCACUGAAAUCGUUACUCAAACAACGCCAAAAUCAGAAUCACCAGAGGAGAAAGUUAUUAAAGAGAAUGCAGAAAUUUCCACACAAACUGCUACUCCAGAAAAAGUAGAAAUAACUGAAGAGUCUGUUCAAACUAUAACUCCCGAACCGGUUGAAAUAGUAAGGAGCGAUUCAGCCAUGCAAACAAAAAUAGAAAGUAAAGAAGAGUUUGCACAAACUAAAUCACCGGAAAAGAUUGAAACGGCAGAAAUUGCUUCUCAAGUUCAACCAGAAAUUAAAGAAUCAUCAUUCCAAACAUCUCCAGAACCGGAACCAUCUGCUCCUCCAAUGGAACAACCAAUAGAAACGAAACCGAUAACUAAAAUUGAAACUACAGAAAUUGUUACACAAACCAGUCCUGUAAUAAUUAGAGAAGUUGGUGAAUUAAUGACACCGAGUCCAUCUCCAACACCAACUUCCUCAGAACAGUAUGAAGUGCACAUAAAAGCAUCGAUUCUUGUUCCUUCAGAUGUCUCAGAAUCGAUUAGUGAAAUUGAACCAAUUCAAAUACAGAAUGAUCUUAUUCUGAAACCAGCUCAAGCCGUAGAAGACAAAUUACAAAAUUUAGAACCCAAAGUGGAAACUUCACCAUUGGAAAGUAUUGAAAAGUCUGAAAGUAUAACAUCUGAUAACGAAGAAUACGAUGUUCAAGUCACUGUUGACGGAGCUCCUAUCGAUAGACACUCUGUAGUUACAUCCUUUUUAGAUUCUGAAAGAGAUGGAGAAUCUCCUACCAAACCUAAAAGGAAGAAGCAUAAAAAAUCGAAAAAAUCUCAAGCUGAAGCUCCUGAAAAAGAUCUCUUCUCUGAAUUUAAAAGACAAAAUACCGUUGAAGAAUCUUCAAUAUCCAAAGAUACUUACGCUGAUAUUGCUAGGCGAUCUAGAAGUCCAUCUCCAGUUAAAUGGCCUAAAAAACCUGUAAUAAUCCAAGAACCUGAAGAAGUUAAAUUUGAUAAAAUCGAAGAAGACAAACCUAUUAAAGGCAGUAGUAAUUUAACUUCCGAAGUUAAAGAAACAGCAGUUGUUUCUAAAGUUUUCACCGACAUAGACGAAGAAACCGUCAAACAUAUCACUAGUAAGCCUAAGAAACCCGCUGCUAGUGAAUUAGAUCAACAAACUACAACAGUUGACAUUUCUAUAAACCUACCUCAAGAGUCACCAGAUAGAUCCGAAGUACAAUUCAUUUCAAAAGACACAUAUACUGUUGUGGAAAAAGAUGUUCCUCGAGAGUUUGCUACAUCUUUCAUUGUCGAUUCCAUUCUAACCGAAUCUGAAGUUAAAACUGAUACAGCAGAAUCAAACAUUAAAGAUACCUUAUUGGUAAAAUCAGAUAUUUCUGUGAAACCUACAUCUGUAACAUCAACUGUUGAUUUCUUACAUUCGGAAAGGACAUCACAGGACGGUGAUGAUACAGUGUUUAUUAAUGACAAACCUGUGUCUUUACCUCCAACUCCAGAACCACCGAUCGAAGAACUGGCUAAACCAGACAGCAUAUCUCAACCAACUGUUGAUAAACCUACUAAAUCGGAACCCAUCGUUGAAGAACCUCUUGACGACUUAGUCAAAUCAGAAAUACAAAAGAGGAAACCAGUCCUGACAAAAGGAAAAGGAAAAGGCAAACAUGUUUCUUCUGUUACGAUAGAAGAAGUCCAAUCUCCAAGAAUAGUAGCUGAUACUCCUCUUACUCCAGCGUCUGAUAGUGCUCCAUUAUCCCCUCCAGAAUACCGAGUGAAAUCUUGGCAAGAACCGCAACAUUUCCCAACAUCCCUAAUCCAAUCUGAAAUUCAGCAGUCGCCGUUAGGACUUGCAGAUAUUAACGUAAAAUGGAACCAAGCGCAAGCUCUAGAGAGAUUUAAAAACUUACAAAAUGCUAGAAAAACAACUCAUCUUAGCGAUGUUUUAUACCUAGCUACUCUGAACGAAGUUAUAACCGAUGAAACUAUCCAACAAAGAGAUCAGAACAUUCAACAGAACUUAGUUGCUUUGCAACAGGCUGUAGAAAGAAGAGAUGUAGUAGUAAUACAACAAACUGUUAUUACUACAGUCGAAACUAUUACAACUUGGUUAGAAACUAUUGAAUAUAGAAUCUAUCUUAGCAGACAACAGACGUUGGAAGGGCCUUCUGAAGCUAGAGUUCACGAAUUUAAUGAACUUAAGCAAGAAAUCGCUAAUAUCGAAAGUAAAGUUGGUCAAUUGCAAUCUGUCGUCAAACAAACUGAUGAUAUCUAUAAUGACGAUGAGAGGCAAAGAAUUAAGAGCUAUAUCGAUUCUCUCCAACAACAAGUUAAGGUUAUUGAAGAAGUUACAGAAGAAAAUGAACAAAUUGCUGCCGAAGAUUUGAAGAGAUGGAACGAAUUCCUAGAGGAAGUUAGCAGUGUUAGUCAUUUAAUAAGACAAAUACAAAGGCAAUUAAGUGACUUGAAAGAAUCUGACGCUGCUCCGCAAACUAAAUUAAACGAGCUUGAAAAAUUAGAAAAUAAUAAUAGAGCUAAUAUGGCAGAAGUUGUUAACCUGAUUGCUAGUGCUAAAGGCUUAAUGAGAGAUUUUCCAACAAAAGAAAUACCCAGAGAUGUUUACUUGAAUAACGAACUAACUAAGCAAAUGGAACAGCACAUUACUACAGAAAGAGAAAAAGCAUAUCAAUUUUUAUCACUAGCUGAUGAAUAUGAGCAAACCCUUAAAGAGUUCAGCCAAAUUAUCUUAAUAGCCGAAGCUUUGGUGGAAAGUCCGGUUUCAGUACGCAAUUUAGAACACUUAGAAGAUGAAAUGCAGAACCAUCGAAAGUUCUUCGUCAACCUAAGCCAUUGCCGAGCAAUUUUAGAAUCUCUUGAAGAAAACUUGGAUUCCGAAACCAGAACUAUUCAUUCUGAAUUACAUCAAAACCUUUACGAAAGAGCUAGCGUAAUUUUGGACAAAUCUACGGGUCGGUUCCAAAUUAUGUCACUAGCUGCAUCCAGAUGGACAGUACUAGAACAAAGCACCAGAGAUGAAAUGAGAUGGUUGCAAGUAGCACAACAGCGUGUACCUGAUUUGAACAACGUUACUUCGUCUGAUUACGAAAGAUACAUAGAUUUGCAUAAUUCAUUAGCAGCUGAUAUCGAUUACCAUCACGCCAAAUUGACUCAUCUCAACUGCGUGGCACAGAAACUCCAAGAUCUAGUUUCUUGUUCAGAUUUAGAAGAAACUUAUACAGAAUCUUUGACUAUCAUUCAAAAACUUCAAGAAGACGUCCAAGUCAAUCUGGAAAGGCUGCAAGCUUUUAAAGAUAGUUGGAAGAUGUAUAACAUGCUUAGCGAUAAGGUGGAGUACUGGUUAAGAGAAGCAGAGAUAGAGUUGAAUACUAUUGAAGUGCCUGCGGGUCCUAGAGGACACUUAAGACGUUUCUGGGAAUUAAAAGCUCAGCACGAGGUUCAUAACGCAGCCAGAAUCAAUGCUUCAUCUGCUUUAGAUAAAUCACUUCAGAUUGUACCAAUUAGCGAUGAAAUGUACCAACGCGCUAAUAACUCCGAGUUAAAUGCCCAAUGGUACAGGAUUUCGAAACAGAUCCACGAUUUAGAAGCAUCUAUUUUGGACACAAUAUCAGCUCCAGAUGUACCUGUAAACGAAAAGCUUCUUUUCUUGGAACAAGAACUUCAAGAUUUAAAUACCGACGUUAAUAAUCUGAAAGGUAUUAUAAAAACAGAAGAAGAAUUAAGUUUGUACGUAGAAAGACUGCAAAUUAUGUCCACUAGAAUUGAAACCAUCCAGAAUGAAUUAAGUAGGCUGGGUUUACUAUCUGCUAGCGAAUCUGAAAAGGUUGGUUCUCUUUUGGCUUUAUCAAAGCGAUUGGAGAUCACCAUAGCUGAGGAGCUGGAAGGUGGGUUGCUGAUAAAAGAACAGCUACAAGCCAUUCAUAAGAGUAUAGAAAGAGUCAGAAGAAAGCAUUCGGAUAUGAGCAAAAAAUUAGAUCUAUGCGAGAGUGCUGAAAAGCUUGGAAGCGACGCAGUGGAAAAAUCCAUCAACGAGUGUUACGAAAUUGGUGAAGAAUUGGUAACUUUGUGGCAGGACUUGAUGUCCAUACGUCAAUUACUCCAUACUCUGCCUACCAGAUUGAAAGUGACUGUUUCUCCGUUAACUGUCGAACGGGACAUCUCUAAGCUUCAAGAUGACCAUACCGCGUUGGAAAAGCGAUGCGGCGAUAUCUUGGCGUUACUCAGGAGCAGGUUGGCUUUAUGGAAGCGAUUCGAAAGGCAACUGGAGCUGGUGCAGCAGAGCGUCCAGGAAGCUGACUUUAUGGUUGAAUUAUUGACCGUACAAGGAACUGUGGACUAUGAACGACUGAGGAAAGCAACUGAAAGAUUAGAGAGCGUAUCAGAUGACCUAGUGUCUCGCGAAAAUCUCGUGGCGGAACUAAAGAACGCAUCGAAACCGCUAGCGGACAGCUGCGCUCCAGAAGUUUCAGCAAAGAUCGAAGCCGCAGUCAAAGAAGCCGUUACCGCUUACGAAACCACGUGCACUAACUUGAAGGAGCUCUGCACCAAAUACCAUCACGCCGCCGAUCUGUGGAAGCAGUACAAAGAGGCUUCGGAUUUGGUCAAAGAAUGGAUUGAGAAUCCGAUGGAAUCCGUGGAGAAUUUGGAGCCCGAAGAGGCGGUCGAGAAGGUCAAGGUAUGCGAAGAAACCUUAGCAGCUCACACCAAACGUCUGGCUAAAUUACAACAACUCGUAUCCGGUAUAGCAUCAGCAGUCGGUCUAGACGCAAAUGCCUUACUUGGUGGAGAAGUUGCAGCUCUAGGAAAACGUCUUGAAGAUGUCCGAGAAUCUCUUACAGCACUCGCAGACGUCGCCGAUGCUAAAGCCAAAACCAAAAAGGACAACUUAAUAGAAAUCAACGGCACCAAAGAUUAUUUGGAUUUAGUUCAAAAGAGUGUAAACAGUAUUGAAAGCAGCGGCAUAGAUACCGACAAUGAAGAAAAACUCCUAGUAUUGAGGGAUCAUCUCUUAGCCUUGAGCAAAGCAGAAGGUCAGAUAAAGCUACUAAAAGAUAAAACCAUAGAAAUCUCGACAACCAGAACGGAAGUUUCGGUUAUAGAAAUCUUGGAACUAUGGCAACAAGUCUUCAGGGAAACUUUCCAACAGUAUCACCGGCUCAGUACGCGCUUAGUUCGAAACGAAGAUGGCGCAGCAGCUUUGAAACUAUGGCAAGAAUAUUUAAUGAAUGUACAGCAGUUCCUGCAAGGUACAAUUCCCGGAGAUUACCACAGUCUUUCAGAUCAUCAACAUUUGUGCCAAAUCCACCAAAAUCUUCUAACCACGCAACAGAACGUUCUCAAACCAGGGGGACGAAAAGAAGAUCAAUUAGCUGGUGGCUUAGUAGAAUCAAGUGUAAUGGAGCAAUUUAAUUCUCUAACCAACUUACACAAUGAAACUUUAUCCAGGAUUAUGGACAGACACAAUGAAGUUCAAACACGGUUAGACGCUUGGGAAAAAUACAAGGAAGAUCAAAAUAAAUUACUCAACUGGUUGAAGAGCAUUGAAAAGGAAAGAGAACGUUUGCAACUAAGAUAUAUGCACAUCAGAGGCAUUCCUAAAUUACUAUCACGCAUCCAAACCCUCUUGGACAAACUUCCUCAAGGAAAAGAACAAAUUGAAGAUCUGCAGGGUCAACAAACUUUACUGCUACAAUUCUGCGAUGAUGCUUUAGCUACAUCAAUCCGAAUGGAACACGUUGCAAUCAAACAACGCGCAUCCAACUUACAAGCAGGUUUGGAAACAUGGAAACAAUUCUUAGAAAGAAUAAAAAUUCUAGUCAAGACAUACGAAGAUAGCGUACUUAAACUACAAACUACAUUGGACGAUAUACAAGCAGUAAUCGAUCAAUCAGUAAUACUUCCUUCAACGUCCCACUCAGUUAUCAGUCACAAACUAGACAUCUUAAGAACGACCAUAGAUAGGUUAAAUGCUUCUAAGAACGAUUUGGAGCAAAUAUACCAGAUGCAAGAACAACUUAAGGAAUGCUUGAGUCCUUCAGAUAUGAAAACAAUCAACCAAACAAUAUGGCUUUUACGCCACCAACAGAACGAUUUAGAACACCAAUUGACUAAUGUGUGUAUACAACUAGAAGAAAAAUUGGGUGUAAGAUCACUAUUUGAAUCUCGCUACACUAAAUUUAUCUUAUGGGUAAAUGAGUUAGAAAAAAGACUGAACCAAGAUUACGAUACGAAUCAAACACCUCUAGAACCUAAAGAGUUGCUUAGAAAACUUGAGACUGAACUGCAAGCUGAGAUGGCGCUUAAAGAAAGAGAAUACAACUGGUUAGUCAAAACAGGAAAGGAAAUCCAUGAUUCUUGUGGGGAAGAAUAUGCUGAUGUCACAGCUAAACAGAUCAUCAAGGCACGUACAGAAGAAGUGGGUGAACUAUGGGAUAGAUUAGAACAAAUCGGAAAGAGUAGGUUUAACAAAAUAAACGAUCUAAUGCAAACAACUUUGCAAUUGGAAGAAAGAAUUGCUAGAAUAAGAGCUUGGUUAAGCCAAAUAGAGGCUCAGCUAGCUAAACCUUUAAUUUUCGAAGGGUGUUCCCAAGAUAUUAUAGACAGGAAACUUCAGGAUCACGAAAAGCUCAAAAAAUCUAUUGAAAAUGAAAGUGGUGAUAUUGGAGAAGUACUUAAUUUAUGUGAGUUAGUCUUAAACGAUCCCGACAUAUCUAAAGCUAACUUCUCGACCGAUAACAUCAGUAAUGCCAUAAUUAAUAUAGAAAAACGUUGGAAGACGGUUUGCGGCCAAUCGGCUGAAAGGAAGCGUAAAAUAAAUUUCAUAUGGAAGUUACUUCAAGAAGUGUCCAAACUCAGCGAAAAACAAGAACAAUGGGUAUCAGAAAAAGAAAAAGCUCUUAGCAACUUAGACAAACCCACUACUCAAUUAGGUAAAGAAGAAAUACAAAAUCUAGUGUACGCUAUUGAAAACGAAAUUAAAGAUAUAGAAUCACACCAACCAGCAUUCCAAAUACUCAGUCAAACUUAUUCAAAACUCAAUAUAGCACCAGGCAUUGAACCUGAUAAUAUCCAAGAACUUACAGCGAAAACCCGCGUGGUCAUAGUACGAUGGGAAAAUCUCCUACCCAAAGCUUUAGCCAUACUAAAACAACUACAAACAGAACUAGCUCCAUUUAAGGAAUUCUCGAUAGCACACGAAGAUGCUAUAGUAGGCCUAACUAAGUUAGAUGCUCAAGUAACGGAAUUGCAACAUCUACUGCCACCGGACAAAGUGCCUCCGCAGGAGCGACUCAAUAAGUUACUAGAAAUCGAGAAACAACUAACUUCUCAAACUCCAAACCUUGAAAACGCUGACAAAGUUGGUCUUCAAAUAAUGAAGAAGAGCAAACCUAGAGAGGUGGAAGUAAUACAAGAGAUGAUUGAUGAAUACCAGAUCCUAUGUAGAAAUCUUCAUGAAAGGAUAAUCUAUAUUAAGACUGAAAUAGAGACUCAAAUCAUAGAGAGUAGACCGCAAGAGGUGGAUGAAAGCGUCCAAGUAGAAACUCUCAAAUUUGAACGCGAUACUGCUGUACAAGUUAAUACCUUGCCAUCCCAGUUGCAGAGAAUGACUUCUAUCAGCGCUAAAGAUGCUUAUCUAGUUGAACUAGAAGCAGCUUUGGAUGAAUGUAGAAAAAAUCUAGAAGAACUCGAAUUAUCUAUCAAAAGGGAAAUUCCAAAACAAGGCUCAGCUGAAUUACCAAUGAGCAGUAAAAAGAUAGCAAAGAUAUCAUCGCAGUGCUUAGCCAGUACCGAACUAGUGAAACAUCUCCAUGAUUUGCUCAUAAACGAAUGUGAUGCUACAGACGUCGAGGCUUCUUCCGAAGAAGUCGAAGAACUGUUAGAAAGGUACAGAAUUUUGUUUGUCAAGGCUAAGGAAAAGGAACAAAAAUUAAGAGAACUUAGAAUGACAGUUUCCGACGCUUAUAACCUUUUAUGCACACACGAGGCUGGAAGGAUUCUCUGUCCAUUGUGUACAAAACGCAAUUGGGCCCAAUUGGACAACGACCUAUGGCGAUUAGAAAAAUGGCUGCAAGUAGCCGAAGGUACACAAAAAACGCAGAAAAGUCCUCCAUCCAACAUUGAACAUCUCGAGGACGUCAUUCAAGAUCACAGAGAAUUCCUUUUAGAUCUGGACAGCCACAAAAGUAUCGUGAGAUCCCUGAAUAUUGUUGGAACCCAUCUGGCAGACCACACUGAAGAUACUGGCAAGGCUGAAGAGCUAAGAUCUAGACUGGAGACUGAUAAUAAGAGAUGGGAUAUUAUCUGUCAUGACGCUGCUAACUGGCAAGUGCAGUUACAAAGGGCUCUAAUGAAUAAUCAACAAUUCCACAAUAUAAUCGCUGAACUGUGUACUUGGUUGGAGAAGAACGAGAAGAAAAUUCGCGCAUCGGAACCAGUAGAUCUAACGGCCUCCCACGAUGUCAUCGACACCAAAUACCAACGUUUCUUAGACCUGCGAUUAGAGCUGGAACGCUGCGAACCUAGAGUGCUCAGUCUUCAAGAAGCGGCCAAUCAGCUCUUCAGAGAAGAAGCUCCUGAAGGUUCCAGCACCAUCUACAGGAGAUUGACGGAACUGCGCUUGAAAUUACAGUCGCUUAUCAAACUGACGGGUGUUUAUACCCUGAAGUUAGGUGCUGUACUUGGAAGAGAUCCAAACGUCAUCGGGUACUCAGCUUCUUCAGCCUCUUCUUCUGGUUUACCAUUACAAUCUUUGAAUUAUGACCUUUUGGACCAGCCAAAUCAAGAUGGACGCACCGGCUCCACUCCAGAUGCGGCCACUUACAAUGGUUCUGACGACGACACUGAAAUAAACACGUCAGUACUAAGACGAGGAUGUCGAUUCCUUGGUAGAGUCGUCCGUGCUUCGGUACCAAUCCAAGCAGUAAUGCUCCUCUUGCUAGGCGCAGCAUCGCUAGUACCAUUUUCAGAAGACGAUUAUUCCUGUUCACUAGUCAACUCAAUAGCUAACAGUCUAACACCAACGUUGAGGUACCGCGAUGGACCACCGCCAAUUUAA